AUGUUUUCCUUGCAGGGAGAUGAAGAUCACAUUGUCAGUCUAUGCUAUGAAACUAUACAAGGUGGACAUUCUGUCUUAAUCUUCUGUCCUUCAAAGAACUGGUGUGAGAAACUGGCCGACACCAUUGCCCGUGAGUUCUACAACCUGUAUCAGUCAGCCGUUCAGCAACCAGAAGGUGAGCAGAAUUAAGGGUGAAAUUAGUCUGGAAUGGCACUGUUGAAGCUCAGUCUAGAGUAACAUAGAAACAUAGAAUGUGACUGCAGAUAAGAACCAUUCGGCCCAUCUAGUCUGCCCAAUUAGCAGUAGCAUGUCUUCUCUGUGUAGUCUCACCAGUGUCUCGCUACCAGUAGUAUCUAUGUUCCUCAUUCUUCCUAAGACUUUUUCUGCACAUGCCCAUUCAAAUUGCUUGUCUACACCGAGGCAUCAUGAUACAGAGAUCUCUCUUCAUCUGUCAUAGUGGCAAAUAUUCUGCUGUUUUGGGUCUGUGCUACCUAAGGAGACAAGACCUCAUACAGUGAACUGUAACCACUAAAGAUAAGUAAUGGAUAUAUGUAUAGACAGGGGAAUGUCGAUUUCCAUUAGAGGUGCACUGUUUAAUCUUUAAUCAAAGUAUUACUGAUCUCUCGACAAUCUAUUGCCCGCUCCUUUUUAGUGUUCUUCCUCCAAAUGUAUUUCUCUUUUUUUAAAGAAACAGCAGUAAGCUUUGAUAACUGAUUAUUCCAUGAGCCCCACACCAUAUAUCUUCUAGGAAUCUAAACCCAGUAUGGCACCCAAAUAUGAUAAUUUUAUAAACUGCUAGAAUCCAGGUUAUUUAGAAUUCCUGCAGUAAUCUUCAAAUCUUCUCCGUAAGGUUGGAAUGUAGUGGGAUAGUUCUAUUGGCCUUUAUUGUAUCUGGCCUGUUUACAUGUUAACUCUCUGCAUACUGUUGGAUAUUGCUGGGCUCCACUUAUGACAGCCUGCUGUUCUUAAUUUACAAUAAAAAUUAUCAAAGUAAAUAGCUGCACAGGAAAUGGCAAUAAACAAAUAUCUACAAAUAUGUUGCUUGAAGACAGAUAAAAAAAACAUAAUACCUAUCUGUUAGUCCACCUAUUGUACAGCACUGCAAAAUGUGUUGGCGCUUUAUGUAGCGGAGCCCUAGUCGUAGCAGAGACUCUUCUCCGCUGGAUCCACAAAAUUAAAAUGAUGAACAAGUAAAACACCAAAUAAAUAUUCCACCUCCUCUCCAGCAACUGGACGACACACAGUUCUGGGGGUACAACUGAAGUUUACUGUCACACACACAGCUUUUAUUCCCAGUCCCAUGCAAGGGGGUUUCAACACAACAAUACAGGGGUUUCAAUAGCAUUCUCUGUGUCUGAGAGAUAAUUGCAUGAGAAAAACCCUUUAAUUUAAUUAUCUCUCCGGUACAGAAAAUCCAACAAAAUAUACUGUACCCCAAAAGUACCCCCACCAUACAUAGGAACCCCAUAAAAAGUACAUUCCUCGAUAGCCCCGAUCUGAGUGUAUAACAUUUCUAAGAAUCGGUCCGGUGAAACGGAAAUGCCAUUGAGGUAAAGUUUUGACUGGCCAGUCAUGAGGCACUAGCCCAAAACAGUUCCAGGGAAAUAGGUGCCUGGCCGGUCUCCGUUCGUCAGGUUCUCGUGCAAACACCAGGCAAGGGAAGUUCUUCAUUUCAGGACUCGAAUGCUCCCCCUGUUCGGUGGUUCAUAUCUCCCGAAUGUUGUUCGUCUAGAAUGGGCAGAGGUGUGAGUUUUACUGGCAUUCGCGUGAGUGCCUAGCCGAAAAGAGUUCCAGGCACUCGACGACCAAGUACCGCUGCCCACGUUCGGGAGAAAAGAUGGCUGCCACUAUUUUGUCUGCCACGUGUUCGGUUAUACAAAAUGGCGGCCACCCAGGGAAGCAUUCAUUAAUUACUUCCCUUGCGGUUUCGCACUUAAGUGGUCGGUGUCAGCGUUCUAAUGGGGUAUAGGGCUGGUCUUCGUUCGGGAGAUGAAAAAAUUAUGUUCGUAUUAUGUCUCCCAUACGGAAAACGGAUGAAACAGGCGAAUACAAGGGGAAAGUGUGUGUGUUUGUAUGUAUAUAUGUGUGUGUGUGUAUAUAUGUGUGUGUGUGUAUAUAUGUAUGUGUGUGUAUGUGUAUAUGUAUGUGUGUGUAUAUAUAUAUAUAUAUAUGUAUAUAUAUAUAUAUAUUGUGUGUUCUGUAUGUAUGUGUGUGUACUGGGUGGUCUUAAUAAUAAUAUACAAGUAGUAUAAUAUUAAACAGACCUUUCUUCUGAGGAGGUGCUUCUUGAUGCAGAUAAGACAUCAUUAACUAGCAGUAAGGAUAUUGUGAUUUGGAUGAGAAGUAUCAUUGCUACUUGCAGACGUUCUGAUGAUGUGGUUGGAACAAUCUCUUCAUGUACACCCUUUAUAUUGUAACCUUAAUUUGCAUUAUUCAUUGCUUGUGCAUUCACUGCAAUCGAUUUCCCUUCUCUAUAUGAAAUCCAUUGGUACCUUCAGUUCUUGCAAAUAUUUCUGUUUAAAUGAACCCAGCUCAUGGUAACAAUUUACAGGACAAUGAUUGGUCCUCACACUUACUUUAAAUAAUAAAAGUUGAGUUCCAUUCUGGGAGUUCCAGCAAAGAGAUGGAAAUAACUAAACUGGGUGUGACGGGUUUCUGCUAUAUUCUAUUCUAUUAUUUUAUGAUUAGUAUUCCAUAUUAGAACAGCCAGUACUGGAGGUGAGGGGGAGCAUGAUCUCUGGGCUAUACUGGAGGUGGGGGUCUCUGGGCUAUGCUGGAGGUAAGGGAAGCAAAUAAACCAUCUUUCAUUGGAUGGACAGAGUUUGCCAUUCUCAGUUUGAACCACAUUCUUCAUUCAUUCAUUAUUUGUCUGGUUUUGAUUUUGAAGAUUGUGUUCUCUCACUUAUUCAUGCAGGGACAGGUAUAAUCGCCCCUGUGACACUGGAUAAAGAUGGUGUUCAGGAUGUGGUGGAUCAGUUAAAGCGCUCACCGGCAGCUCUGGACGCUGUAUUGGCUCGUACGGUUCCCUGGGGUGUGGCGUUCCACCAUGCUGGUAAAGCAACAUGUUGUUUUCAUUUCAUCUCAGUUUCUAUUCUUGAUGAGACGGCCUCAAAACCUUUAUGAAUUAGAAAAUAUUUCCUUCCAAGAGAAGAUCAAUGAUCUAAAUUGUUAAUCUCACAUCAGUAAUGUGUAGAGAGCUGGAGUAUUUGCAUAGUGUGACAUUUCUGAAUGUGUGGUGCAUUGAACUGCCGGGACACCUCCAUUAUAUUGGCGUUUGUCACCAUAUUGUGGGUUUAAUUUACAGACAGAACCAACCUUAACAGACACAGAAAGGACUGACCCCGAUAAACAGAUAAUCCUUUAAGCCAUUAGCUUUCCUGCUAUGUAACCGGGCAGCUGAGCAAGUUAGAAAUGAUUGGAUCAAAGAUGAUUAGAGAGAUGGAGGGAAUAAAUUAACUGUGAUUAAAACCAAAUCCUGUUAACUGAGAACAUUAUGUUCACAUAGAAACAGGGAUUUCUCAUCAAUAUCCUAUGUGAAGCCUUAGUUACACCGUACACACAUUAUGGUGUGCGAGAUAUCUCUAUAUUAAAGUUCUACAUCACCAACAAAGUAAUUCACUAAGGCAGAAUUUAAAGAGAAUUUUACGAUUUAGACCAAAAUCUCAGAACAUAAUUUAAUUUUUGUUUAUAUUUCACCUAAAAUGUGAAAUUCACUUUUUCUAUCUAUUCAGGUCUGACAUUCGAUGAGAGGGACAUUAUUGAAGGAGCUUUCCGCCAGGGAUAUGUCCGCGUCUUGGCUGCCACUUCAACUCUGUCGUCUGGGGUAAACCUGCCAGCUCGCCGUGUCAUCAUCCGAUCUCCGCUUUUCAAUGGCCGCCUACUCGACAUUCUCACCUACAAGCAGAUGGCAGGAAGAGCAGGGCGAAAAGGAGUGGAUACUGUGGGCAAGUCCAUAAAAUAAUCACAUUAUCUUAUCAUCAAAUGGUGGACAGUCGGUCAUUAUAAUAUAUACACGGCUUUAUCACUGAAUUUAAUAAAACAUUAUAUGUUACAAAUGACACAUUUAUUCUGUUGCCAAAUACACAGAGCCUGCACAGAAAUUAGAACCUUGUAGUACCCUGUUCCAGCUCUUUAAUUUGCUAGAUGGCUUCCAUUUAUCAUAAUUUAAUUUUAUAAAUCUAUUAUUUGUAUUGACAAUUCCUGACUUUGAUCCAGCUUUUUUUUAAAGUCCAGUUCUUUAAAGUUUUUUUCUAGACAACGUGUGGUCCGACCAUCUCAUGUGAGCGCUAAAAGCACAGUCAGAUGUAAGACGACACCGCUACUUUUUGUUUUAUCAGUCAUUGUGGUUGGAAGUGAAAACAGUUAAUUUUUUGUUUAGCCAUGGAACUAUUGAAGAAUCUAAAGUAGCUUCAGUUGCUGGAAAUGUAAUUUAAACAUGUCCUGACUGCGAUGUUGAUACUUUCAGUGACGUAGGAAAGGUAGUAAGAUCCCUUAGUGCUGUUAUGGACCUGUGUUGGUAAGUUUGGAAGGUCAGAACGCCUCCCAUUGGUCAGGGGAGAAGGAGCAAUUAAAUACAGAGGAUUAAAGGGAUAGGACUGGUUAAAAAAAAAAAUGCAUAUUGUUUAAUGCACCUGUGCAACAUGCAAUGCAAAAAAUGCUUAUAUCAGGGGUUUAAUAUUUGUUACCUAUGUCUGUCUAAAAUCCAACCGCUAAUGUUAAUGAAUAAAGUAUUGUUAUUUUACAGAUAAAUAAAAUAAAAUACUUUCAGAUGGGCUUACUUUGGUUAAGUCUGCAGGCUUGGGAAAUUGUGAUCUUCUUGUCUUUAUAUUCUUUCUUUAUUGACAUUUAUCUAAACAGAAGGUGGUUUUACAAUCUACAUAGAAGGAGAUAAGAACUUUCAGGAAGUUUUAUUUCUGUGCAUUGAACUCUACGCCUGGCUGUACAAAUCCUUUCUAAAACCAGUUUAGACGUUCAGACUGGCACGGAUUGUAAUUGAUCUGUGCUCUGUAACAGUGUUUGUUCUUUAACAAAUAAAUGUCUCCUCGCCUGAUCAUUGUUUCCAUUUACAGGUGAAAGUAUUCUUGUUUGUAAGAAUUCUGAGCGCUCCAAGGGCAUUAACUUGCUGCAGGGCACCCUUAAACCCAUACAGAGCUGUCUGAUGAGAAAUGAAGGGGUUGGCAUCACAGGAAGCAUGAUCCGGGCUAUACUGGAGGUAAGUGGGCAGCAUUAUCUGGACUAUACUGGAGGUAAGGGGGCAGCAUUAUCUGGGCUAUACUGGAGGUAAGGGGGCAGCAUUAUCUGGACUAUACUGGAGGUAAGGGGGCAGCAUUAUCUGGGCUAUACUGGAGGUAAGGGGGAAGCAUUAUCUGGGCUAUACUGGAGGUAAGGGGGCAGCAUUAUCUGGGCUAUAUUGGAGGUGAGGCGGAGCUUGAUUUCUGGGCUAUACUGGAGGUGGGGGUCUCUAGGCUAUACUGGAGGUGGGGGUCUCUGGGCUAUGCUGGAGGUAAGGGAAGCAUGAUCUCUGGGCUAUACUGGAGGUGGGGGUCUCUGGGCUAUGCUGGAGGUAAGGGAAGCAUGAUCUCUGGGCUAUACUGGAGGUGGGGGUCUCUGGGCUAUGCUGGAGAUAAGGGGGCAUGGUUUCUGGGCUAUACUGGAGGUGAGGGGGGACAUGGUCUCUGGGCUAUACUGGAGGUGAGGGGGGACAUGGUCUCUGGGCUAUACUGGAGGUGAGGGGGGACAUGGUCUCUGGGCUAUACUGGAGGUGAGGGGGGACAUGGUCUCUGGGCUAUACUAGAGGUGAGGGGGUGCCUGGUCUCUGAGCUAUACUGGAGGUGGGAAGGCAUGGUUUCUGGGCUGUACAGGAGGUGGGAAGGCAUGGUUUCUGGGCUAUACUAGGUGUGUUGGGGGAUGGUCUCUGGGUAAUACUCGAGGUGAGGGGGUAUGGUCCCUGGGCUAUACUGAGGUGAGGUGGGGGGGUGGCCUUUGGGCUAUACUGGGGGGAGGGGGGGGUGGUCUCUGGGCUAUACUGAAGGUGGGGGUGGUCUUUGGGCUUUACUGGAGGUCAGGGGCAUGAUUUCUGGGCUGUGCUGAAGGUGGGGGAUGGUCUUUGGGCUAUACUGGAGGUGGGGGCAUGAUCUCUGGGCUAUACUGGAGGUGGGGGUCUAUGGGCUAUACUGGAGGUGAGGGGGGACAUGGUCUCUGGGCUGUACUGAAGGUGGGGGAUGGUCUUUGGAGGCUAUACUGGAGGUCGGGGGGCAUGUGAUCUCUGGGCUAUACUGGAGGGUGGGGUCUCUGGGCUAUGCUGGAGAUGAGGGGCAUGGUUUUCUAGGCUUUACUGGAGGUCGGGGGCAUGAUCUCUGGGCUGUACUGGAGGUGAGGGCAGGGGCAUGAUUUCUGGGCUGUACUGGAUGUGGGGUUCAUGGUCAUGUAUACAGUCUGCAACUCUCUGUCUAUGUCUUUAUUGUAAGUAUUGGGAGUCAUUAUUGCUGAUAGUGUAAUCAGAGCAUCCUAUAUCCUAGAUUGUAGUUGGCGGAGUGGCAGACACCCCAGAUGAUGUUCGAGUUUAUGCCUCUUGCACUCUCCUGGCUGCCAGCAUAACAGAGAGUGAGGCAAACCUCAGGGGCAGGCAGGAAGAGGGAGCAAUCGAAUCCUGUGUGGAUUGGCUACUGAAGAACGAGUUCAUACAAACUCUGGAGGAAGACAGAGAGGGCCGUAAAGGUAACUCACAUCAUUGCUCACAAUUGACAAUCCCUGCAAUUAUCAGUCUUUAAUACUAAGGGCCAUAAAUGUCUCUUUCAUACCUCCACAUCUCUAUGAUUCUAGUCCUCAGUACAUUGGGUAAGUACAGACUGGGGCAGGGCCGCCAUCAGGGGGUAACAACCAACAUAACGGUUGUCACGGGCCCGGCGGCCCAGGGGGAGCCCGGAUUUGUAGCGGCGGAACUGCCGUCGGUGCACUUGCACCGGGGCCCGCACGCUGAUGGGGCCCGGCGGGUGGCCCAUGCACUUAGGGCCACCCGAUGAGCCCUGUAUCUUCAGGGGCCCGGUCAGUGCUGUGGCCGUGGUAUAUCGCGACCGGGCCCCUUUAAAAAAAAAAAAAGCAGCCGCAGCAAGUGGUCACUUCCUCCCAGCUCACUCCGCGCGGGAGGAGCGUGCACGCGCGGCAGUGAGGGAGAGCCAGCCAACUCCCAGUCCCAUCAGCCCCAUCCACCAUCCUGCAAAGACAAGGUAAGAGACAGGAGGGUGGCUGGAAAAUGAGCGCUGUGUGUGUGUGUGUGUAUGUAUGUCUGUCUGUAUGACAGUAUGAAUGUCAGUGUCUGUAUGUCUGUCAGUAUGUCUGUAUGUAUGUGUGUCUGUAUGUAUGUUAGUAUGUGUCUGUCUGUAACUAUGUAUGCCUGUGUGUCUGUUAGUAUGUAUCUGUGUCCUUUUGUAUCAGUGUGUGUAUUCCUGUGGGCGAUUAAUUGGAGGCGGGCCCCAGGGGGCCCAGACCCUGAGCUGAGUUAGGGGCCCCAAAAUUUCUGGUGGCGGCCCUGCACGUCACAUCUCUCUGCAAUAAUCACAUGCCGAUGUGGAUGGACUUUCCUCUGUGAUGGCUGUUGUACAAACACUGCACCGAUCAUUACAGAGACAGGGACAGUCUUAGAACUUGCAUGCACUCACUCAUGGGACAGCAGUGGCAUACAGACUCAUUGGCAUAACUUUGUAUGUGAGUUGGGAUGUGUCGUUCCUGCUCUCUGAUUGACUGACAGGGCUCUACCUGCUCUUCUUUAAAACCCUGUUUUAUGAAAAAGACAAAAUUUAAACCCAAGACUGCAGGAACUUUAAAAGGAGUUUUGUCGCUAGAAUGCCACUUUAGCACCAUUUAUUAAUGUACCGGGACAUUUCUACCAUAUUAUGGGAAUUAGUAAAGCAUGCUAUGAUAUGUUCUUUAGGCGUACUAGCCAAUGGGUUGUAUUUUAUUACAGAAAUUACCAUAUUCUGAUUAACAUGGCCUGUAAUCCCUGCUAUAUUGGGAUUCUAUUGUAACUUUUGUUUCCAUUUUUAGUCGAAGUCUAUCGUCCAACAAAGCUGGGAUCUGCGACUCUGUCCUCAUCCCUUUCUCCCUACGAAGCUUUGGGGAUCUUUGCUGAUCUGCAGAGGGCAAUGAAGGGCUUUGUCCUGGAAAAUGAUUUGCACAUUCUGUAUCUGGUAAAACUAUAAUCCUCAGCAGUGAAUGGCCCGAUCAUGGCUCGUCUGCCACGUUUACUGAUUCGCACACAUGGGCUUUAUUCUAAUCUGUACUAAUAGUAAACAUAUUGGGAACCAGCUUGGUACUACGUUGCUUUAUUACAAAACUCAUAAUCUGUAAAAAUAACAUUUUGUAUUGAAGCUAUAAAUUCCAGUUUAUUCCUUUACUGAGUGGCAGAUUGAUUUGUAGCUGAUUAGUUACUGUAUAUAUAUAUAUAUAUAUAUAUAUAAAAAAAUAAGAUUUAUUGAAUGCCAUUACAUUAUACCACGUUUGCUAGAACAGAUAGCAGUCUGCGCAGCCCAUCUUUAUGUGGCAGUGUGCCGGAGGGUUGUGCAAACUGUUCCUAUGUUCCAUUGUCAGGUCACACCGGUGUAUGAGGAAUGGACGACAAUUGACUGGUACCAGUUUUUUUGCCUAUGGGAGAAGCUUCCAGUCUCCAUGAAACGUGUUGCAGAACUUGUUGGUAUUGAGGAGGGGUUCCUUGCACGUUCUGUAAAGGGCAAAAUAUCAGCUAAAAAUGAUCGGCAGCACCGGCAGAUGGCAAUCCACAAAAGGUAAGCCAGGAUCCUUUAUAAAUUAAACUGGGACUGUGGAGGACUUACGAGGGAAUUCCACUUUUGAGGCCAACAUUGCUAAAUGGGGCAAGCAGCUGAGCUGGCAAAUAUUUCUAGUUGAACUCUUUUUUUUUUUGCCUGUAAUUUGCAAUUCCUUUGUCAGUUCUCCACAAUUCCAGACUUAAUGUGUAUUUUGCAUGUGUCUUGGUCUGUAUCAUCAGAUAUAGCUGUCUACAUGGUCGGUCCUUGGUCUGUAUGAUCAAACAUGGCUGUCUACACGGUCUAUCCUUGGUCUGUAUCAUCAGACAUGGCUGUGUACACAGUGUGUCCUUGGUCCGUAUGAUCAAACAUGGCUGCGUACACAUUGUGUCCUUGGUCCGUAUGAUCGGACAUCACUGUCUACAUGGUCGGUCCUUGGUCUGAAUGAUCAGAUAUGGCUGUCUAUUCAGUCAUGGUACAUGGAUUUGUAAUAUAUAUGUAUGUUUAUGGCUACUCCCAUUUUGUUGCCUUAUUUUAUCUUAGAAAUGUUGGUAUGUCCCUAAAGUUUACAUAUGUUUGUCAAAUAGUCUUGUCACGCUUUCUUUCCUGUUUUAACAGAGAAUUAUUCAUAAAGACUUGUAACACUUUUAUUCCAUUUUUGAGUCUGCCAUAAGGGCUCCCCAGGGAUCUAGGGUUCUUUUCAUGUGAACACAGAAGGAUCUUUGAUUAACAGGAUAGCAGCUUUACCAGGCCAUUCCGUGAUCCACCUCAAUCAUGGCGUGAGAAAGUUCGAAGGGUCCUGAAGGCAGACGUUGAGAACUGGUUCUUUAUGUUUUUAAUAUUUAUGUAUUUUUCUAGGUUUUUCACCAGCCUUGUGCUCCUUGAUUUAAUCAGUGAGGUUCCUCUAAAAGACCUGACCAAGAAAUAUGGCUGCAGCCGCGGCCAGCUUCAGUCACUGCAACAAUCAGCUGCGACAUAUGCAGGUGAGACACUUGUCACAUGUUCAGCCCUAUGGCAUGAUUACUGUAUUUGACACUUGUUGCAAUUGGCUUCUUGAGUUAUAAAAUAUUCAGGGUUUUUCAUUGAAGUGAGAAUUGUUGGGAAUUCAGACAGAAUACAAAGUAAACUUCAAAUUUAAAUCCAAAACAGCCCAACUGGAAUAAUUCGGCUAUGUUACCAUUUCAGCUACUUUGGACUUUGAAUUUCUUACAAUUCUCACUUUCGUAAAUAACCCUGAUUAUUAUUUUUGGCAACAGAACCUCUUUAAAUUCACUCUCUACCUAUUAAUUUAUAUCAUGCAAAAAUGUGUGCAAACCUUAUCUCAGCUGAAUUAAGAGAUUUUUAACCAUAAAUCAUAAACCAUGAGUUUCUCCAUUAUGUGGACAAUCUCCAACUCACAGCACUUUCCACAAAAUUGGAUACUUUCUGUGGGUUCCCACCAGACCUCCUCCAUCUUUAUAUAAAUACUCUAAAAGACUGAACUCUCGGAUAUGUGUUUCUUGAUCCAUGUUACUUUUCAUUCUUUAACGUUGGAAAGAUAACUUGUCUCCUGUAGUCUUUAUACCAAGACAAGCCAUUAAUAUGGAUUUAAUGCUUUGUGUUCCAGGAAUGGUGACCAUAUUCAGUAAUCGGCUCGGAUGGCACAAUAUGGAGCUUCUCUUGUCCCAGUUCCAGAGCCGACUCACCUUUGGUAUUCAGAGGGAGCUGUGCGACCUGGUCCGAGUGGACUUACUCAACGCUCAGAGGGCCCGGGCUCUCUAUAAUGCCGGCUUUAUCACAGUGUCAGAGCUGGCAAGAGGAAAUGUCAUUGAUGUGGAAACCGCAUUAAAGAACGCAGUGCCCUUUAAAAGGUGAGUGCUUUAUCUUGAACUGGCUUUGGUCUGUCAGUGACCAACAAUGAAGUCAAGGUUGCUCAAUGCUAUUAAAUGCUUCUUAUGAAAUGUAUUAUGGGGCGCAAUGUGUAGUAAAGACCAACGUGCCAUGAACUACAAUAAAACCAGCAAUAUUUUCUUAACAGUGGUGUGGCGGAAUCAACCUCGCCACUGGCCACUGGAGGAGCCUGGUCGCCCGCCUCCUGCCACUAGACUAUGGCCCCAUGUUUAACACUGUUCUUUUUCCCUGCAGAAAGGUUGGUUCGUGCCUUUCUGCGGACUGUUAAAGCCAUGCUACCCCAAAUAGCUAUGCCAUGGAGCCCAGCCGUAUUCUGAAAGACUGUAUGAAAGACUUUGGCUCCAUGGCGAUUGAACUGUAUGUAUGUGAUCUGAGCGCCAUCCAGCAGUAAUGGGUGCUCAGAUCUAAGCUAUCUGGGGAUAGGUAGAAUGUGUAUGUUCUAUGUGAUAAAUGUAACAGUAUGUAUUUUUAUGUAAUUCAUUGUCCUUUGUCUGCCAUGUGGUUAAUGGCGUUUUGUCUCUGUCCUUGGCGAUAAUUGGAUUACUUCCCAAUUAUCUCCAGGACAGAGAGGAGGGAUUGUGAUGCAUUGUGGGAUUGUAAGCUUGUGAUUGGUCAAUGUCCAAUAUGUUUCCCAGUCUUCCAUCUGGUCCCCUAGGGGAGUGUCCACCAGAUGGGAGACCUGCAUAAAAGCCGGGCAGGUAGCCCCAGUAAAUCAGUUCUGCUUGACUCUCAAACGAAGUGUCGUCUCGUUCUUGGGGGGAAUUGGAUUGUAUGCUGUUACAGUGCGACUGCCAGGAGUGGAAGCUGUUCAUAUGGUUUUUCCUGUUCGGCUGUUUACAGCAUUCGUGUGUUUGCAGUUAGGGAGAUUGGUGAAUUCAUGUGUUUGCAGUUCGGGAGAUUGGUGAUUGCAGUAGCUGUCUGUGCAUCUGAAAAGGGGAAUAUCGCCUAAACGGUGUGCAAAACGGUCCGUUACAAGUGGGAAGCCAGAUAAAGGAAUCCAUUAGCUUGGGUCCAUCACGAAGCGUUCGUCAGAGCUAUUUUAAAGAGGUUUUUGCUGAUCUGAUUGGUUUUAUAUUGUACAAUGUUUGUACUUCCCUUUCAUCUAUGAGCAGUCUUUAGGCAAAUAAUUGACAUUUCUGUUUUCUGUUAACAAUUCCACUGUGGUCAUCUGAUUAUUUCAUGUCAUGAUAUUUGGUUGUUAUGAUUGGGUGAUCAACCUACCCACUUGGUUUGUAUUUUCACUGAGAUUUUUGUACAUGUUGCUCACCUUGGUCACCUGAACCCCAGCUGGCAUGAACACACUAUUACUAAAGAGCUCUUUUUUUUAUAAUAAAAUUUAAACCACAAGACAUCCAUGGAAACUGAUGAAAGCUUCCAUCCACUCACUUCUUAGAAUACAAAAGGGAUACCCAAGCAUGGUCGAUGCCACUUGCACUAUGCCACAUGGCCGAUGCCACUUGCACACACUUGGCCUAUUAUUAUGUGAUUGUAAUUGUGCGUAACGUCUGUCACAUUUCUAUUUGAUCUGACUAGUUACGUACUAUUAUCUAAAAGAUAAUUGUACUAUUCCAGGUUAUAUAAUUUGCUUAUUAUGUGUGUGAAUUCUUUGUGUAUGAUAACCUCCAUUGCUCCAGGAAGAUGAAGCUGUAAGUCAGAUUAGAAGACAUGGGUUUUAUUUAUGGUCAGGGGUUUUUAUUAUUCAGGAUCAAUAGGCCAAGUUUAGGCCAAAAUAAUAGAAAUGACAUCUUUGAGGAUUUUUCCAGUUUGCUGUGUGAAUUUCUGACCGUUCAUAUUUUGGAAAAUAUCUCAAUCCAUUUUCCCCAACACGUAUGUGCAUCCUCUGAGACGUAACCAGAUCAGUAAUUGGUUCUUUGAUGUCACUUUUCCCAACUCCAUGAAACAUAAUUUUUACCUUAGGGAGGGUGAGUGACUGACUGCAUUUACCCAAUCGGGAAAAUGAAUAUAGACUUUAAAGGAAUGCUAUAGUGUCAGGAAUACAAACAUGUAUGGUUUCUCUGUGACUGUUUGUUUAGAGGUCUGCCCCCCUAUUAAAUCACUCUGAAAUGGUGACUUUACUCAGAAUUCCGCGCUGCGCCAAUCGUCAUGUCCUCAUGCAGAUUCAUUGAAUCAGUGCAUUUCUAUGGGGAAUGUUCAGCACCUCCAUGGAGAUGCUGAAGGUAGGUGCUACACGCUGCAGCACUGACACAGGAAGCACCUCUAGUGGCCAUCGGAGGGACUGCCAGUAGAGGUGUUACUAGGCAGAAAUGAAACACUGCUUUGUCUCUGAAUAUUACAUUGAAAAGGCUGCAAGGACAUGCUUUACACACCAGAACCACUGCAUUAAGCUGUAGUUGUUGUUGUGACUAUAGUGUCCCUUCACAGAUGACCAAUGUAGAUAAAUAAUUUGAAAGGUUUUCAUUCAGAUUGUGAGUAUAUGAAAACUCAUCCAAAACUAUUAAAUUAAGGCUUUAGUGUAUUAACCAACUUCAAGUUCUUACCAUUCUUUAUUUUUUGUUAAUCUUUAUUUUCAGUAAUUAAGGUUACAGGCAUGCUUGUAAUGCCACAACAGCAAGUACAAGCCUAUCCAAUCUGAAAUAAGCAACAUCAUGGUUAUGAAAAAAUGGGUGGGGGUAUAAGAAACCUGCUGGGCAAAAUGCGACCGUAGGCUAGGAAUCACUAGUAGUAACGUACAGGCUAUACAAACUGACCUUAUGGUUAAUUUGUAAGUAAUAAGGUAUAACAGACUAUGUUGAAAGAACUUUCCAGGUGGCUAAUACAGCCUAAUGUGAUUUAAAAGCAGGAAUACAUAAAUGAGGAACAUAACUGGUUUAAUGAAAAAAAACUUAGUGGCUUCAGCAGGAUACAGGAAAGUCCCUGUCACGUAUUCAUCCGCUUAUAGAAAUGUGGUUAAUGACAUUUACUGUCCACACAGGAAAAGUUGUGCCGAGCAGCAACCAAAUCAACAAUUAUGCAAAUGAAACCUGGGUCAAAGGCCGGUUACAGCCUAUCAGAACUAAAGGAGGGGUAUUUAGGCCCAGUUCUCAGCCUGCUCAGUGCCCUGUCGUGGUUUCCCUUGUGGUUGUCUGAGAGCGCGUUCCUGUUUAUAGUUUUCUACCUGAUUUUUUACUUUGGAUUUGUUUAUUGACUUCUCUAUAUUCUGGUAUCCUGACUCCUGGCUUUCCUCAUCGCUGUGUCCCUUUCUGUGUUCCCUGACCUCGGCUAGUAUUUUUGACUAUUCUUUGUACGUUAAAUCCGGCCAUUCUAAGGACCGGUAAUACGUUACUUAUUUGUCAUCCGUGCUGUACAGUUCUACGUGCUGGAUCAAACAGUAAUCCUGACAGUCCCAGAGUUGCAAUCUGGGAAACCCUUGACAUAGCAGCUGAGCUCAUGAAAUGCAGCGGUAAUAAGAGUGCAGUGUAGAGCAUCCCUCCAGCCCCAAGCCAGAGUACAGGCCAGCAUCUCUGUGCCACUUGCUUGGUAGCUCACAGAGUCCAAGUCCAUCUCGGUAAGGAAGAAACAGGAAGCCUCGGUGUCACUGCACCGCUGGUUGCAGUCUGCCUUCUGUCCAUGUGGACAAUGCCAUACGGUCUCACCUCCAUUGAUUCUUGGCCAGGUGGGCUAGUAGUACAGGAAACUUGCGCUUUUAAAAUGGGAAGGCCCAAGGUAGACCCACUCACUAUUCACCUUCAAGAGGUUGAGGUUAACUACCCCAAUUUGAUAAAGCCUCCUAGGCGAAACGCGUUAUUGGUUUUUAAUAUUCUAUAUUAAUAAAUCUCUUUAUAUUAUUUAUCCUCUAUAUUAUCUUAUCUUCAUUUACUGUUCCUGGCAUAUCCUAAGGUGGGGAUUAUACCACCCACGCGAUAUACAGAGUGCAGAAAGGACUGCACUCUACUUGUGAGUAUAUUUUAUUUAUUUUUAAACCUUGUAUUACUACCUCAUCAGAGAGCACUAUUCGCUGUUUUUCCCUUCUUUUGAGAACUGGACAUCAGCACUCCCCAGGAGGACAAGCAUCCCUAUAAGCGGAGGGUUAUCCGCUGUAUGCCCAUCAUACUAGAGCUAGUCCUAGCUCAUGGAAAUGUGAGUGCGCAAUUUAUAUUUUAAUUUCAUUAUCAUUUAUUUAUACAAUCUGCACGACUGGUUCUUUUCCCAUUGUGUCUUUCAUAUCGUGAGACAGACGACUGCUAACAAAGAAGACACCAUACCAGUUUGGACUACCUAUAAUAUUGAACUAUUUUAUAUUAUUUUUUAUUUUUUGACACUGGGACUUUUUUUAUUACGUUUUAUUUGUUAAAUAUCUUGGCGCAGCCUUUUCUCUGUUUUCCUGCGCCUCCAAGGUGGCCCAGAAAUGGAUAAAUAUGUUAUUCACUUGCUUCAAAGAUUGUUGGAUGCUAUCAGGGCUUUCCACUUUGAGCUUCAUAUGCUCUGUAAAGACAUGGCUGCCAUCCUAGCAGAGGGAGCCAUGUUCUCAGUCUGGAGCAGGUGCAGUAUGCAAGCACCACGCCAGUGUGAGUUACUAGCCUGUGUGGACCGGGCUAACCCCCACAGGUUCAUUUAUUAUAAAGCUAAAACAAAAUAUAAAUUGCAUAAAAUAGAAUAAUAUAAAGGUACAUUUUUCUGCAUAACUUGCAGCUUCUGCAAAUCUAGGAAGUAACUGUGCUCACUUUGUUUUCUUCAGCACUGCUGAACAUAUUUUUAAGCUUGCUUAUGGCCAAACACAGGUGUCCAAUCCGUGGCCCCUUAGCUGCUGGAUCAAAUGUCACAUUUCCUGGCUACCACUGAUGCUAAAUGCAUUUGUAUUGCAACGUCGUUGUUUACUAUCACAGCUUCAGCGUUAUGUGAUUUUUGUGAUACAAAUUCUAAAAGAACACCACUCUUUCUCUCCGGCCUGACGUAUCUGAUAGAUUAAAUAAAAACACACAUUGCAAUAAUCAGUGUGUUCCCUUGGCAUUUCAGCCCAGUAAAAAACAUGGUACAGGCAUGGGGUUUUGUUUGCUCCUGUUGAGAAGAUUGUGGUAGGUGGGAGGUUUGUCCUGGUUGGUUCACCUGUUAAAUUGAGUUGCAGGUCUACCAAGACAAGGCCGGGGAUCACUAGAACCUUUGAUAGAGGUCAUUCUAUUUGGUGCAUAAUUGAUUUUAAGUCACAUGCACAUAAAUGAUUAAAACAAAGUUAACUGCUUUAGACUGGGUUAUAAUGAAUGACUGCAAUGCAGAUGAUGAUCUUUAUUCUUAGCCAUUUAAUGUCUCCGAUGACAAGAGGCACAAUCCACAGCGUGCAGAGCCCUUCCUGGAUAAUUAACAGUGACAGACUCUGUUCAUUCAGAUGCAGAUUGUCUUUCUGCUAUGAAUACAAUUUACAUUUUCUGAUUUACCAUAUGAUUAUUCUGCAAGACUCCUGUAUUGAUGGAGAUUUUCAUGACUCACAUCCUUUCUCUGCAAAUUAACACGGCACACAGAUGUUGUUUAAUACCUUAUUGAUUUAAUAAAUCCCCUUCCCCCCAAUAGUUUCAAGGAAUUUCAAAGAAUUGUGAAUAAUAGAUUCCUGUCCUCCUUCUUAGGAACCUCUUUCUAGGUUUCUAUUCACUAAAUGCUAUAAGGCAGUCAUGUUAACCCGUUCAACUAUUCACAAAAGGUUAUUUGGGUAUUGGUUAUUUCAGCUGAAUUUCUACUUCUAAAUUGACUGCAGUUAAGUUCUUUUUUUAAAUCAGCCGAAUCUUCAUAAUAUGAGUAAAAAGCAACAUUGCAGCCAAAUUGUUACUGAAUUGGCUUCAUUAGGUUUCUCCAAUUCUCCUAAUACAGAGCAGUGAACUCGCACCUAAAAUGAUAAUUCCCCUAAUCCUAAAUCACUCUAAUCUUACCCCAAGCCCCUUUAGCAAUCUAAGGUUACCCCAGCCCUAAAUCGUACCCCAAAUCUGACCUUAGAUUAAUGGCAUUUUUUUUUUCUUCAUGUAGCAAAAAAAUUUUGUACUAUGUUAAAUUGAAUCUCACUGCAGCAAUAAGAUCAAUGGCUAGUACGACUCAAUUUGGUUACCUUCCAGUUCUUGGUGAAAAAAGUGAACUAUUGGGAAAUUUUAACAAAUUGAGCCGAAAUUGCAAAAGCAAAUUUUAAUAGGUCCUUUUGUGUCCGGAAUUAUUUAAAUACUGGUCUUCCAGUUCAUAGCUGAAUGUAACUCCCAUAAAGUAUUGAAUAGCCUUCCAGCUGAAGCAGUAAAGGAGUUUAAGCAUGCGUGGGAUAGGGAUAAGGCUAUCCUAACUAUAAGAUAAGGCCAGGGACUAAUGAAAGUAUAUAGAAAAUUGGAGAUAUAGCAGCAGAGAUUUCUGGCACUUGUUCCUCAUGUGUACAGCAGCUAAAGCUUUCCCAAACCAGAGUCUCUUCUUUCUGGUCGUUGAUGCAAGUAAAACGGGGGAUGUAGGGAAGCAGCGCUAACUAUUAAAAUCCUUGUGUGGAGUCCAAUGGAGCCAAUAUAAGGGAGAAAACAAAAUGGGACGGGAAUACUAAUAUAGUGUAGUCUAUAACAGCAGAGGCAGAAUAUAAGGAAAGAAAUGUUACAUUUUUCUGGAGCUUAAGAUCCGCUCCAGUUUACAGCGUACGGACGAUACAAUCCCCGUCUGACCAUCAGGACCAUCCUAACAUCCACAGACGGGGAUUGUGCAACAUGUUUUUUCCUUAUAUUCUGCCUCUGCUGUUAUAGACAUACUACACUAUAUUAGUAUUCCUGUCCUAUUUUGUUUUCUCCCUUAUAUUGGCUCCAUUGGACUCCACACAAGGAUUUUAAUUGUUUAGCGCUGCUUCUCUAUAUCCCCCGUUUUAUUUCGAAAAUUGGGCAGACUAGAUGGGCCGAAUGGUUCUUAUCUGCCGUCACAUUCUAUGUUUCUAAAGCUUUGCUAUACAAAACUGGGCAAAUAAACCGCAGAGUAGCGCUUAUUGCUCCAUAGUGUUGGUUAGUAAUAUUACUGACCCUAAUAACCAGCCGUUCUGUUCGGCUUCCUUUAAUAAAAAAAACGCCAUAGAAUCUACUACCCUGCAAUCUGUAUUACUUCUAUAGUAUCCUGAUAAACUGAGAGAUAUUACUACUACUGAAAGACAAAAUAACAAAACACUGUCUCAUAUAACCAUCGUUGGAUUACAGGUUAGUAAAGUCCUUUAGAUUUCUCUAAUUGGUUUCAAUUAAUAUGCAGUUAAUAGCCAAUCGGCUAUUUACACUUGUCCAAUUAUUUUAGCUCCCUUUUUUUGACUGUCCUGUGCCAGUUCUAAUAUGUAUCACAAAUGCUGAAAAAAGAAACAUUGUGUCCUGAUGAAAGCUCCGAUCGGGAGCUGAAACGUUGACAUCUUUUGGAUCAACUGAGAAUUAAAACGGAUGAACUAAGCCUAGAGUGCCGGUAUUUUUUUUUAUAUAUAUAUAUAUAUAUAUAUAUAUAUAUAUAUAUAUAUAUUAAGCCACAAGUUGGGAAGGAAUUCAGGGACAGGCUGUGAAAUAGUGUCUGCUUAACACGGCAAGUACUAAUCUUUUAUUAGACAUAUCUUAUCUGCUCAGCCACUUCUUAAAAGGUUAGCAUGUCCUAUAGAUGGUCGCAUUCUCUGAAUACUUGCAAGUAUUUCAAAUUUUGUCCUCUGUCCCUGCUCUGCCUCUUUGACAUCCCACUUGUUUUCUUCACCAGUUCCAUAUCUAUUCAUUGAGAUAGAAAUUGUAAUGACACUUAUCAAGUUUCACUUCAGCUUUUACAAAACCCACAGAAUCUUUUUAAUGCAGAAUCUGGGAUGUUUUCUGCUGAAUUCUGUCCUCUGUCCCUGCUCUGCCUCUUUGACAUCCCACUUGUUUUCUUCACCAGUUCCAUAUCUAUUCAUUGAGAUAGAAAUUUUAAUGACACUUAUCAAGUUUCACUUCAACUUUUACAAAACCCACAGAAUUUUUCUCGUGCAGAAUCUGGGAUGUUUUCUGCUGAAUUCUGUAAGACCUCACUAAUUUAGUUGCUUGUUACUUGUCAAAAAACUUUUCACUCUAACACUUUGUGUUGCCUAUAUCUUUCAGUGUUCGGAGAGCAGUGGAUGAAGAUGAAGAGGCAGCUCAAGAGCGUCGAGCUGCUCGUUGCAUCUGGAUAUCAGGGAAGAAAGGCCUCACUGAGAGAGAAGCCGCUGAACUGAUUGUGGAAGAGGCCAGAAGAUUACUAAAACAAGAUUUGGCCAUGAUGGGAAUCAACUGGGAUCCUGACUCUGAUUCCUCUUUCAACACAAGCGAUGAGUCAGGAGAGACAUCAACUUCAUUUCGACCAGAAAGGAGGUCUGUGCAAUCAUCGAUUUCAUCUAGAACAGAAAGGGAGUCUGGGCAAACAUCCGCUUCAUCUAGAACAGAAAGGGAGUCUGUGCAAGCAUCUACUUCAUGUAGAACAGAAAUGGAGUCUGGGCACACAUUCACUGUAUCUAGAAGAGAAAGAGAGUUUGGGCAAACAUCCACUUCAUGUAGAACAGAAAAGGAGUCUGGGCAAACAUCCGCUUCAUCUAGAAUAGAAAUGGAGUCUGUGCAAGCAACAACUUCAUCCAGAACAGAAAUGGAGUCUGGGCAAACAUCUACUUCAUCUAGAACAGAAAGCGAGUUUGUGCAGGUAUCUACUCCAUCUAUUACAAAGAGGCUGUUGGGGCAGGUAUCUGUAUCAUGUAGAACAUUAGAUGAUUCAGAAAAGCCAUCUUCUUCAUCUCGAACCAAGAGGGAAUCAGGUCAGCCAUCUAAAUCAUCUAGAAAAGUGGACAAGAAAGGGCAGCCAUUUGGCUCAUAUAGAAGUGAGGCGUCGUCAGAGCAGGCAUCUUCACCAUCUGAAGCAGAAUUGAAAUCUGUAAAAUUAUCUGCUUCAUCUAGAACUGCAGUAUUAUCGGAACCAUCAACUUUAUCUAGAAUCGAUAGGGAGCUAGUAAAAGCAUCUACUACAUCUAGAACAGAAAGGAUAUCAGAAGGGUUGUCUUCAAUAACAAGAACAGAAAGAGAUCCACUGGAGACAUUUAAGUUCUCUAGAAAAGACUCAGGGAAAAAUAAUUUCCUGGAAAAUGUGUUAUUAAAGGAUCCUAGACGAGAGUCAGUGCAGAGAAAGGAAGAUUGUGUUCAUUCAGACUCUUCACAACCUAAACCAAGUUGUGCAGAGAAUGAAAACAAUCCUUCAAGUCCAUCAGCCACACGGCCUCAGAACAUUUUUAAAGAGCUUCAAUUAAUGAAUGAGCCUAGAACAAAUUCACUUAAAUGUAACUCAGAGGAAUUAUUAAGUGAUAACACUCUGAGUAAUUGCUUGAUUGAUGAACCAUUAAGAGAAACCGUUAAUGUCAGUGUGAACAAAACACUGGUCUAUACAACUGAGAGAGACUGUGCCUCAAAGGUCAAUAUUAUACAUAAAGCCAUGGUCGUCCAGGAUAGGGCCAAACCGCAAAGCAAUGCACUACCUGCCGUCUCCUCGAUUUUACAAGUGCCAAUCAUCUCUCAUCUUGAUUCAACAAUGGCCCACAUUAUCUUAGGAAAUCUGCCUGCUAUACAGAGCGAGAAUGACGCAACAGUCCACAAAUCUGAAACCCUGAACGUAACACCCAAAGCUGUGAUUUGCAUACCAAGUAUUUCUGGAUUUUAUUCAUCUCCAGAUUUGCAUUCUGGAUCAAAGGUAUUUGAAGACAGUUUUCAGUUGGAUACCCAGACUGAGCGACUCAUGCAGCAGCGGAUGACAGCAGAAUCUGUGAUACAGAAGAAUGAACUAGAUCUGGACUUGCCAGCAGUGCCAGAGCUAAAAUUUUUAGGAAAACAAAGUGUUUUACAAAUUGCAAAUGUUGCAAAAGUUAUCACUGAAGUUACAGAAAUGAACCCAUUAAAUCAGAUGACCGUGAAAGCCAUAGAGAGAGCUGCGAGCUUCACGAGUGAACAGAUUGUAUCCUCAACAUGUCCAGAACCGGAGAAUCCGCUAAAAAGUGCAGAAAAAUGCUCUUGGCUUAAAGGUAAUGAUAUUUCUCUCACCGAUACACAGCUCCAGUGCUUUUUUCAGAAUUCUCCCUCUCUAAGUAAGUGUCCUGUCCUGCCAUGUGUAGAGAGCCCAGACGCCCUACACAAAGAUCCAGACUGCACACAGGUGACUGAAACUGCCUCGUUAACAGGGGAGACUGUUGUCAAUCAGAUGGUGGAGACAAGCCUGAAUAUGAGUGAUAGUUUCCUCUUUGAUAGCUUUACCGAGGAUAUAAUUACCGAUCCUAAACCACAAGAUGUCAAUCAGCCUUUAUUUGCAGCUUUACAGCCAGCCAUCUCCAAUGAGAGGCUUCAGACUUAUAAUCUAGAUAACUCCUCUGACCUCAGAACUGAGCAACCAAAUGAACUCAUUAAUUUUAAUGAUGGAUCCAUGACUUUUUCCCAACUUGAUUCCUUCCAGGUAAUGGAAGUUCUAGAAAAUGUAGAUAUUGCUCCACCAUUGGACAUCAAAACUGCAACCACAAGUCCCACUCCACCAAAAAAGGCUGCAGAAGAUGGAACUAAUUCUCAUGCACAGCCCAGAAGGCUUGGAGUAGUAGAGAUAAUGAAAGGCCAAUCACUGUGGUCUCAAGCAUCAUUUAGUUUGAGUCAAGGUAUGCAAGAUGCCUUAGAUCAAUGGCCAAGUCUUUCAAAUAAUCUUAAUUUCACUGCCAGUCCUUCUGAAUCACAUGCAAGAGAACCUUUACUUGGAGGCAACCAAGAAGGGGCAGAAGGUUACUCAAGAACAAUUUGUCAGCAAAUACAGAUUUGUGCUUCUUAUAUAGAGGCUGAUGCUAUCAACCCCCCUGUAAAUGACAACCAUUGUUUCCUAGAACUCGUGAGCCGGAAUUCUACACCUAUUGCUCUUCAAGAAAAUAAAAUAAAAUCAGACACCAGGCCUGGAAGUAGGAAUGAACUUGUUCCACCAACUCCGCCAGCAGAUUGUGUGACUGGACAGUUGCUUGGCAUGUCCUCUAUUAAAUCAAGCAAUAAAAUUAAAGUGACUGAGUCUCCGACAAGUCCUCCGUUCAGUCAACUGGCGAUUGAGGAUAAUGAAGAAGAAGUUCCUGGGACGCCAAACAAAAGCUUUGAUCCAAGGGCAGGCCGCAUUUCUGAGUUCAAUCCAGAUGUCUCUGCUAUAGAUGAAGGCUUUUCUCUCCAGUUAUCACAGGAUACAUGUCCCUUCUCUGUUCCUUCUUGCUCAGAUACUUUCAGUAUUAUUGAUGUUGCGAGUGACCAGAAACUGUUUCACACAUUUCUAAAGGAAUGGAGAACCCAGUCUAGAUUUUCCCUAUCUGUGGCCUGUGAGAAGAGUAGGCAGCCAUUGCAAUCCCAUUCCUCUAUUGGAGGAAGGUUUAAACAAGGUCAGUACUGUUCUUUACUUCUUAGAAGCUAUAAAGGAGGUAAUCAUUUGGAUUUCAUGUUGUCUUUAUGUACUAUUUGCAGACACCGCAUCCUCCCCUAGAUUAGGGAUAGGCAACCUUCAUCACUCCAGAAAUUGUAGACUACAUCUCCCCUGAUGCUUUGCCAACAUUAUGGGAAAUAUAGUCCACAACAUCUGGAGUGCCGAAGGUGGACGACUCCGAAACACACUGUGUAAUAAGGAAGCACAACUGUGCUGUAACAGCAAUAUUUGACGCUUCUAUUUGACUCUCAGAUAUGAAGUGCACCUCACUAAUGUACUAUUUAGCAGUGUGUUUAAUUUGGAAUUUCUUAUCUCCCGCUCGGUUAAUAGUCUCCUGUGUGUGCUUAAAGUUCAAAUAACAUUGUGUGUGCCAUGUAACCCACCAUACAAGUGUGUAAUGAUCCUUGAUCUCCCUUUCCCGUGACUGUGUUUGUCUGUCUAACUAUAUCGAUACUCUUUUUAUAUAUGCAUUUGCAAUAUGGGGCUGAAGCGGCUCGGAUCUCUUACACGUGUGGCUGCUCUUGGCUGUGCCAGGAUUGAACUUGAUUGAGAUGUCACUUGCCAAAUAUACUAAAUAUACAAAUGAAAAAUUUUUGCCUCACAUGAAAAAUAAAAGGCUAACUUAACUUCUAAAUGAUUAUCAAUGUAUUAGUCAUGUGUGUCAUUUUCAGAGGUCUGUUUAAUAGCGGCUAGCUGCCCCUGUAUUUGGCCUUUCAGUGCCUCUAGCUGAAAUCAAGUUUAGAAAUCAAUGAACUUCUCGUGCAAAUAUAACGUUAUUCAUAGUAUGACCACUAGAGGUCUCACUUGGCCUUUUCACUGUGUGCCAUGACACUAGCUGGUGCAGAUGAAGUUGAAUUUUGUCUUUCUCUGUAGUAAAGUCGCCGUCUCGAGUGCCGAGUAAAGAAGACGGACUGCCUAUCAAGGGCUGGGAUGAUCUAGUGGUUGUUGGGCUGGCGGUGUGCUGGGGGGGGAAGGAUGCCUAUUACCUCUCUCUGCAGAAAGUACAAAACCAGACAGGUAAAAAGCAUCUCCUUCCAACUAACUGUUUGCAUCGGGAAAUCCAGGGUUUAAACCCAUCAGUCAUAUCUACUUUUACCUUUUAUUCCAUAAAACAUAUAAAGAGAGUUAGAAGAAUAAUACAGAGCGCAAAGAAAACAAGAUAUUUCUGCUAUGUGACAAACGUAUAUUUCAUUAUUUGAUUACCCAGAGUUGUAACUGUUGACAGAGCCUGCUUUUGUUGGGUUUUCACCCCAUUUUUGAUUUCUAGAUAUCAGCCCUAGCUUGGCUCCUCCCCCUCUGGACCAGAACCUCUCUGUGAAAGACCGUCUGUGGCACCUUCAGACCACGUUACAGCAGAUAUGUGGACGCAGAAGCCAGUGCUCCAUCAUCCUGUACAAUGUCAUCGACCAGUACAAAACCUUAGUCCGGGCGUGCAGUAUCUCCCUGAUGGGACACCUCGAGGACCCAAAGGUUCCGUAACUUGUUUAAAAAUUAAAUGGCUCCAAGAAACAGGAUCCAUUAUUUAUGUAGUAGAAUCCUAAUAGCUUUUGGAAGGCUGCCUCGCCUGUUGCCCCAUUUAUAUUUUAUUUGCAAUUUAUAGAAAUCUGCUGCUGAGUGUUUGGAGAAUAAUCACCAGUAAUUGCAAAGGAUGAAGUGGUUUUGUACGUGGGGGAUUUGAUUCUUCGUUUAAAUGCACUUUGUAGUUUAACUCGUUGCUGUUGGCUGGGUGUGCACGUUAUCAAGGUAUUUGUUAGAAAGUGGCACAGAAUGGAACAUUCCUUGCCAUAAAUAACUGUCACUGUUCAGAUAACCGGUGCAUGGUACUGGUUACUAAUUACUAACUGGUUACCAACCAUGGACUUUAAAAAAAUUUAUACCGGCUGACCGCCUACAAUGACCUGUAAAGAUACUAACCGAUGUCUGGCAAAACAAAGAGACACACAUUGUAACCAUAGCAACCACACCGUGUGCAUGCGUGCUUACCCCUGUGAUUGGUCUUAGUAUACAAUGUAUUUACUGUGUGCCCGAUACAUAGCUCUAUGGAAGUUUUGAAGUUCAUUGCUGCUAUGGGGAUUUAACUGACGUACACUUUACGUAUAGAAAAAGUAAUGUUAUGUUUAUAUCAGGUGUGAUGUUGUUGCUGUUCUGUAUGGUUUAAUAUAUGUUUUGGAGUUCCCAAGUAAUGCCAUACAUACCAUGUGUCCCUCCCAUAGGAUGCAUCAGAAUUUACUGCCGUUAGUGUGUUCUUACUGAGGGUUAGCGGCAUCCAUUACAAGGUAGCAGCAGGGCGUCAAACCAGUCGCUAAGAAGUGGUUAUUAUCGUUAACACACAAAGAAAAAGAUUGGAGCUUGUAUAAAGUAGAGACACGACAAAAAAUGAAUCUUUAGGGUCAGAUCUAAGAUAACGCAUCCCAUAUAAAUGUGAGAUUUUAUAUAAUAUACAGCUAAAACUAGAACCACGAGUAAUAUAAACCGUAACCACCAGUACACUACAACGACCCCCCCUCAGUAAUAUAAACCAUAACCACCAGUACACUACAACGACCCCCCCUCAGUAAUAUAAACCAUAACCACCAGUAUACUACAACGACCCCCCCUCAGUAAUAUAAACCAUAACCACCAGUAUACUACAACGACCCCCCCUCAGUAAUAUAAACCAUAACCACCAGCAUACUACAACGACCCCCCCUCAGUAAUAUAAACCAUAACCACCAGUAUACUACAACGACCCCCCUCAGUAAUAUAAACCAUAACCAACAGUAUACUACAACGACCCCCCCUCAGUAAUAUAAACCAUAACCACCAGUAUACUACAACGACGCCCCCUCCGUAAUAUAAACCAUAACCACCAGUAUACUACAACGACGCCCCUCAGUAAUAUAAACUAUAACCACCAGUAUACAAUGACCCCCCCUCAGUAAUAUAAACCGUAACCACCAGUAUACUACAACGACCCCCCCAGUAAUAUAAACCGUAACCACCAGUAUACUACAACGACGCCCCCUCAGUAAUAUAAACUAUAACCACCAGUAUGCAAUGACCCCCCCCCCUCAGUAAUAUAAACCAUAACCACCAGUAUGUAACAACGACCCCUCAGUAAUAUAAACCAUAACCACCAGUAUACUCUGGCCAGCCCCCUCAGUAAUAUAAACCAUAACCACCGGUAUACUUUCUACUUCCCCCUCAGUAAUAUAAACCAUAACCACCAGUAUACCUUAGCGACCCCCUCAGUAAUAUAAACCGCAGCACAUCUACGACCCCCCCUCAGUAAUAUAAACCAUAACCACCAGUAUACUACAACGACGCCCCCUCAGUAAUAUAAACCAUAACCACCAGUAUACUACAACGAUCCCCCCUCAGUAAUAUAAACCAUAACCACCAGUAUACUACAAUGGCGCCCCCUCAAUAAUAUCAACCAUAGCCAACAGUAUACUACAACGACCCCCCCUCAGUAAUAUAAACCAUAACCACCAGUAUACUACAAUGGCGCCCCCUCAAUAAUAUCAACCAUAGCCAACAGUAUACUACGACGCUACCUCAAUGUUUGAAAUCAAACCGUUUAUUAAUAGUUUAACUUCUUACCCAGACUUUGCUGCUCCCUACCUCUUCUCAGCCGGAAGCUCUGAGCUGGCUCAGCGGUACACUAUAGUGGUUAUGGUACUUGGAUAGUCUUAUAAAGUGAGUCUCUCAUUCUCUCACACCAAUUAGUGCUAUUGCAGUAUUUACUGGGCUGAACAAAGCAACGGAGGUAACGCAGGUAAAUUAUAACAAACACACACUAACCUCCCCUGCAAUUCCACUUUGUGAAUAAUGUCACCUUACCAUGAUGCCUAGGAAGGCACACGCGGACACCUACAUAGGUAAGAUUCUAAGAGUGCCUGUGCUUAGUGUAUUCCUUCAGUAGUAUCGUGUGUGCACAGUGUAUACGGCAUUCUAGGGGUUACAAUAUUUUUGAAUGUCCGGUGCUCCACGGGACAGGACAAAAAAAUACGUAAAAAACAAAAGAAAAAAUGGCAAGCUCAAGCAAUCUGUAACAUUUUGUUAGCGAUUCAGUUGUGACCAUUAUUAUUUUUGCGGCCCUGUCUCUGGAUGAAAUAAACCUGGGUGGUUUGCGCCGUCUGAUCUUAAUUUAGCCGUACUGGUGGGCAGUUCUCCCACCUUGCACGGCCGCCUGACUUGUUCUUGGCUGAUCUUUAAUGAAACGUUAAAAUUAGUGGAUCUAAGUAUAACGCAGUCCUUACACGGUUACAGUGACGCUUAUCUCAGUUUAACACCAGGUGGUUCCUUAAUUCAUGUCUUACACAAUGACAUUGUUUCACUGUUCCUCUUUCACAGUGCUCUCCUCUCGUAGUGUCCUAAUCGCUCCUUUCAGCACCUUAUGAAGUAAGGAGUCGUGUUGCGGGACACAGAAUGAAUUAAAUAUGAUCAGCCGUGCUGGGGAUGUAAAAUUUGUCAUAGUGACAUUACAGGCCAUUAGUGGCAAUGUCUGUUUUAGAGAUAACAUUUGUUCUAGGUCGGAAUUCUAAAACAAGAUUGCUUGUACCAAAUAUGGUCUUGUCCCAAAUAUGGUCUUGUCCCAAUCUGUGGAUGAUUUCAGUCCCAAGCCAUAAAUAUUCAGGUCCCUGUAGCCCUGCAAUCAUAAUUCAGAUGCAAUAUGGGGGGACAUAUCUGUACCUCUUUCAUAGAAGUAGAUUAAUUACAGCUCUAUGUAUAGAUUAAAUCUCGAAUUACCUGAAGGUGAAAUUAACUCAACAUGAUUAGUGGACGGCAGGUUUAAUUUAAAGAGAGACCGCCAUGACUAGGUGUCAAUUUAAUGAGAAUAAAAUGUAAUCAAUAUUUAUUAGCAUAAAACACACUUACUGACAAGGUUAUUCUUUCAAAUAAUCUCCAAAUCAGCCACGUUUUCCCCUUGGCUAUGACCUAAAAUUUUACAUCAACCUCGAAUUCCCAACAGAUAACACGUUGGUGAAUAAUCCUGUGUGUAAAUUCUUUAUAGUGUGACCUUUCUGGGCUCCAGUAGGCAGAGCAUUAUAGACGACAUGUAAAGCUGGUAAAGCAGCCGCCAUUCAAUGAAGAUGUCGCAUCCUAAAAUGGUUAGUUUGAGUAAUGCGAGACCCAAGGACGAUAGACCUAACGCUGGAAAAGUGUUAUUCAUACACUAAUUUGCCUGCUAUGUAGACUAACAAUGUCUUCCAUUGUGUUUCGUGGUGAACAACACUUUUUAAUAUUGAAAGUUAGAUAUUUUAUUUUUGUUUAGUAAAAAGUACCUUGUUAUUUUGUAACCACUUUAUCAUUUAUUGGCUUAUCUUACAAAGCAGAAAUACCGUCAGGCCUACUGUAUACCGCUGUACAGACUAAGCCAAUAUGUAAAGCUCAGAAACAUGUGAGUGAAGCCUUAUCUAAACCUUACUCACGUUAAGUUCUAACACACUGUACUAUCAAAAACACAUAGUUAUAACCCAAAAGCAGGUACUCUACUGAGCAUAUAGGAAAAAAGUCCCUUACAGCAGAAAGAUGCUUUAUUAAAUUGUGCAAAGAGAAUAAAAAAAUUGUUUAAUUUUGCUGACUCUUUUCCUUGUUGCAGCAACAAGGAAGAAGUUGAGAGGCAGUACGCCAACUGUUGGUAAAAUCAAUGGGUAGACCGCAUGUCUGUUGCCAUCAGCGUGCAGGUUCCAGGUUUAUCCCAGCAGGGUUCUUGUGGAUUCCUGUUGAAAUGUUUUACCAGUUUCUCUGCUGGUUUCACUUUUAAUGAUAUAUCUGUACUUUGCGUCUGACAAGUUUUGACAUCUUAUGGCUCUCGGAUUGUAAUUAGGUUUCUGAUCCUUGCUAUAUUUUGAUUAAUGAGAAGCUCUCUGUUCAGUCCCCACAGUCCAUGACACGGUUGGGCUUGCUCUGAUUCCCACGACUGACAAGUGUCUUAUCUGCCAGCAAAUGUGUUGGAUUGGUUUCAGCGUUAAAAGCCUGGGCUUAUUCCGCAAUCAGCUUAUCUGUGAUAAGGAUAUAAUGGCUACUUAUUGGCUAAUCCCAUCAAAGGCAGGAGGCUGUUAAGAUCUAGCUGCAUGUAAUUAACCGUGACACCUCAUUCCCAGAGAGAGCGCCCGGCUGAUUAAAAAUAACAUAACCUCGCCAUUCCAGCUCCUUGUGAUCUUUAAAUCACGGAAACAUCGAACAUAUGACGGCAUCAGAAGUGCCAUGUGAAAUGCCAAGUGCCUCUCGCUGGCUGAUUGCAGGCACUUUAACAUGCUCCAGGUUUCUUCCUAUUAAAACAGCAAAGACAGAGAUGGGACUGAAUGUGGGUGAUAACAAGCAGGCAUUGCACGUAUAACGAUCAGUGUGUCUCUGGAAGCACUUUCCGAUAUGUUUUAUCUCUCUGUAUUCGGCACGGAGACGUUCUCCACUCUCUGCGCGACAGGAAGUGUGGGCUGUUUAGAUAGAAUUUUACCUUGAUUAUAUCAGCCAAUACAUGGGUUCUCAGAUCAAAUGUGUUGGUGAUAAUGUCAUAUUUUAUUGGUAAAUUGCAUUCAAAUGUGUUUAUAUAUUCCCUAAUUUUAUGUUCUCUAUCUUUUCUGGUUCGCACAUCUUCUUCAUGUCUCUCCUUAUUUAUCUAGCCACGGGUUACUAUGUCCAUUUAUCCCAUGUCUCGCUGAUUCUUUCCACAUCUCUGUGUCCCCCGCCUACAUAUCAUUCCACCAUGUUUUCCACUUAUUGAGUUGUUUUGCAUUGUAUUGUAUUUUAUACCUCUUAUAAGCGGGUUUAGUUUUACUUAUUACUAUGUGACUGUAGGAUUUCUGUUGUAUCUAACAAGGAAUAGGAAUUAAUAAAGGUUUAUGCUGUGAGAACUCUGAAAAACACAGAAUGAACAGAGCUUUGGGUCGUUUAGGAAUUGGACAGAAUAAUGUACCAAAAACAAACUUUGUAGAGUCUUCAUCAUGGGGGGAAUUUAAAAAGCUUGAAUAAAACUUACACACAUCAACCGAAACCAGACACGUGUGAUAUACUGUGGGGCAGGAGAUUAUAUGACUGUAUGGAGAUUAUGUAGAUAUAUUAUGGGGCAGGAGAUUAUAUAACUGUAUGGAGAUUAUGUAGAUAUAUUAUGGGGCAGGAGAUUAUAUGACUGUAUGGAGAUUAUGUAGAUAUAUUAUGGGACAGGACAUUGUAUGACUGUAUGGAGAUUAUGUAGAUAUAUUAUGGGACAGGAGAUUAUAUGACUGUAUGGAGAUUACAUAGAUAUAUUAUGGGGCAGGAGAUUAAAAUACUGUAUGGAGAUUACGUUGAUUUAUUAUGGUCAGGAGAUUAUAUGACUGUAUGGAGAUUACGUUGAUAUAUUAUGGGGCAGGAGAAUAUAUGACUGUAUGGAGAUUACGUUGAUAUAUUAUGGUCAGGAGAUUAUAUGACUGUAUGGAGAUUAUGUAGAUAUAUUAUGGGGCAGGAGAUUAUAUGACUGUAUGGAGAUUACGUUGAUAUAUUAUGGGGCAGGAGAUUAUAUGACUGUAUGGAGAUUAUGUAGAUAUAUUAUGGGGCAGGAGAUUAUAUGACUGUAUGGAGAUUAUGUAGAUAUAUUAUGGGGCAGGACAUUGUAUGACUGUAUGGAGAUUACGUUGAUAUAUUAUGGGGCAGGAGAUUAUAUGACUGUAUCGAGAUUACUUUGAUAUAUUAUGGGACAGGGGAUUAUAUGACUGUAUGGAGAUUACGUUGAUAUAUUAUGGGGCAGGAGAUUAUAUGACUGUAUGGAGAUUAUGUAGAUAUAUUAUGGGGCAGGAUAUUAUAUGACUGUAUGGAGAUUAUGUAGAUAUAUUAUGGGGCAGGAGAUUAUAUGACUGUAUGGAGAUUAUGUAGAUAUAUUAUGGGGCAGGACAUUGUAUGACUGUAUGGAGAUUACGUUGAUAUAUUAUGGGGCAGGAGAUUAUAUGACUGUAUCGAGAUUACUUUGAUAUAUUAUGGGACAGGGGAUUAUAUGACUGUAUGGAGAUUACGUUGAUAUAUUAUGGGGCAGGACAUUGUAUGACUGUAUGGAGAUUAUGUAGAUAUAUUAUGGGGCAGGAGAUUAUAUUACUGUAUGGAGAUUACGUUGAUAUAUUAUGGGGCAGGAGAUUAUAUGACUGUAUGGAGAUUAUGUAGAUAUAUUAUGGGGCAGGACAUUGUAUGACUGUAUGGAGAUUACGUUGAUAUAUUAUGGGACAGGAGAUUGUAUGACUGUAUGGAGAUUAUGUAGAUAUAUUAUGGGGCAGGAUAUUAUAUGACUGUAUGGAGAUUACGUUGAUAUAUUAUGGGGCAGGAGAUUAUAUGACUGUAUGGAGAUUAUGUUGAUAUAUUAUGGGGCAGGAGAUUAUAUGACUGUAUGGAGAUUACGUUGAUAUAUUAUGGGGCAGGACAUUGUAUGACUGUAUGGAGAUUGUUAUAUUACUCAUUUGAAGGUGGGUAUACCUAGAUGUAUACCAGCGACAUUACAUCUCAUUAAUCAGUCAUUGAAGGCAAAGCUAAUAUUAAAUUCUUUAUAGUUUUUAUCUGAUAUCUUGUUGGUUUAGCUUUAUAAUUAUAACCCUGCUACAUUUAGUAGGUGUUAAGUCUGUCCUUUCCUUACAGGUGGCCUGCUGGUUGCUGGACCCUAGCUCAAAGGAACGGACCCUUCACAACAUGGUGACCAACUUCUUGCCUCAUGAACUGCCCUUGUUGGAGGGUGUGGGCACUGGGCAAGGAGUGCAGAGUCUGGGACUUAGUGCCAGUGGAGACCAGUCAGGGCGCUUCCGUGCAGCCAUAGAGUCUGUCCUUGUUCUCAGCACCAUGAACAAGCUCAGCCACCUGCUGGACAAGGAGAAACUCAAAGGUGAUGCUCUCAUUCAUCUCUGUAGGUCUCCAUAUAGGUAUUCCAGAGGAAGACGCGUGCUCUGAGUGUUCUCUUAGCUGAGCACAUGGAAGCAGCAGCAAAUGCAGACUUGGUGACAUUGACAAAGGACAUUGUAAUAACAGAGGCUUAUAUAAUAUGUUAGUAUAUGUUACACACCAGAUACCCAGCUCCUCCCAUUUACAAAAUGUGUUGCGUAGAUGCCACAUUACAAAUUAUGCAAAGAAUAUGUAUUUAAAAAAAAAAAAUACUGACCGUUUCUCUUUUGCUGACUUUUUUCCUUUGAUGCUGGUCACCAACUUUGACACACUAAAUACCAACAUUACAGCAAGUGCAAAUAUGUUAGUGUUUGCAAAUGUCGGUUUACUGUUGCAAACAGAAGCAGGAGUUGAUAGAGUCCGUAGAAUUAAUUUUGUUACUUCGUGGCCUCUCCCUGCAUACAUACUGUAACAUUUGUGGCAUUCCCCACGUGGCCAGAUUGUGCUUUACCAUCUGCAAAAGGCUUAUUACAUCAAUCUGUCUCUACUCGUUAUAACCCUGACGAAUUUGUUAUAAGCAUGCCUAAUUAAGAUUGCAGUGGGGGUUUCCUAAACACGCUAAUUAUUUCUAAACUUUUAACUGUUCUGUAUGUCUGUCUAUUAUUAUUUAUUUUUGUUUUCCAAAAAAUUUAAAAAAUCUUUUCCCUGCCCCCGAUCCCCCCUUACAGCCCUUUUUAAAGAUGUGGAGAUGUCUGGGUGUUCCACAGGGGAUUGAUCAAUUUAACAAACUAAUUUAUUUUAAUGAUCCUUGGUAAUAAGUAUGUGACGCAGUUUGAUUGUGAGAUGUUUAAUCUCUCGGUGGAGGAUAUGAGACGGAGGGACGAGCUGCUGUACAGUAAUCCUGUCUGUUUACCUCUGCUGUGGAUAUCACUUUUUUUCCUUCCCACAACACAACUAAAGCACUUACAUUGGCUUCAUUUAAAUAAUAAACAUGUUGGCGAUUUUUCACAUUGCCUCAUUUUCUUCCAUUUGGUGGAAUUGUAUAGUUAGUGUAUGCGAACUAGUGUAGAAAAUAUCCCAUAAACCCAGUCAUAGAUCUAUCCACAGUCUGUCAUAGUAAUUCGGAUUUCUGGUCUGACCUGUAAACCUGGUGGUUAUUUUAUACCAUUGUAGUUGGCUAACUCGCUUAUCUCUGUGUCUAUCAUUAACUACGAGUUACAUAUGGUUUAACUUUCCUGUAUAAACUUUUUACGAAGACUCUUUUCAAGCACUUGUAUAACUGUAUUUCCUUCUGAUGUCUAUAUUGAGAUACUUGCCAAUCAGCUGGUUUCCUUUUCCUGGCAGACGCGUUUUACAGGGUUGAGAUGCCAACGCAGUACUGCCUGGCUCUGCUAGAACUGAACGGCAUUGGGUUCAGCACUGAGGAGUGCGAGACCCAGAAACACAUAAUGCAAGCCAAGCUAAAUGAGAUCGAAGCCCAAGUCUACCAGCUGGCUGGCCACAGCUUCUCAUUGACUAGCCACGAGGACAUUGCUCAGGUAUUUUUAUAAAUGGUUUCUUAUCCCCUCAGAAAUACUCCCACAAAGAGAUCACAAUGGAUGCUGUGAUAAUGGAUAUGGUACAGUAUAUUGCAGAAUAACUUAUAAUUCUCAACAAAUUAAUCUAUUGAAUAAGUGCUGGUCAGAUAUUUUUGUAUAACAUUUGUCUUGUCUUGUUAAUUUCACACAAUUUCUGGUUUAGCUACGAAGUAAUGUAGAUUUAUAAACUGUAUUACGUUCAGCCCUUUACACAUCUCUAUUUCUGUUCAUUUAAAAGAAUCAAAAAAACUAAUUUGACGAGAUUUCCAAAUGUGCUGAAUGGGAUGAAACUCCGUCUUGACUCCACUAUAGCAAUCUGAUUUCUCCUUGGAUCAAGCUGUACCGCACAUAUGAACUAAUAUAAGUAAUAAUGAAUAAAACGUUAAUUAAAAUGUACCCUCUAUUUUCCAGGUCUUGUUUUUUGAGCUUAAACUUCCACCCAACGGAGAUUUAAAAGGGCAGGCAAAUAAGAAGACUCUGGGAUACACGAGGAGGACAGCAGUCGGUGGAUCUCGGGUCCGACUUGGCAAGCAGUUCAGUACCACAAAGGUAACCUGACACUUUUGGUGUUGCCCUUAUUUGUUAAGGCCAACAUAUUCUGCAGUGUUGUACAAAAGGUGGACUGAUCAUUUAAUGAUUAUCAAUUGAUCAUUUACUCCAGGAAAACCGUCUCGAAAAUGGUGCAGAUUAUUCUGUGACACUUUGAUAAAUCCAUCUUGCUGCAUUUAAGGACACUUUGGAAUGGUUUCCAGAAUAUAAUCUUAAUCUGAUUGUGACAAGACAUGGUAUAAAAUCACAGCUUCAUGUGCAACUUGGGUCCCCCGUUUUGCAUGUUUGGGGGGGCCCUUAUGAAAAGGAUUUGCCUUUCUGUGCUUUGCUGAGCAGAUCCCUAAAACAUGCUGAGCUAAGUGUAGCUAAUUUGAGAUGGGGUGUGCAUUGUUUAUAUGUAUCUUCACAGUACACGGUCACCCAUUGUGUACAAUCCACAGAAUUUUGUGCAACUGAUAAUCCUGGAGAAAUGGCCAUCAGCCUGUGGGUACAUUUCCUAAAUUCUGUGAGUAUAAAUGAACACAGAUGGCCGCUCCGUGCAGAAUGAUUUUCUGCUUCAAUAUAAGGGAUUUAAUAUAUCUUGAGACAUCUUUAUUUCAGUAUUUACCAUCAGUGCGAACGACGUACCCCAUGCAUAUUUAAUCUCUAUAUCGAGAAAGCCAACAUGGAAAUUAAAUUAUUACCUGAUCCACUUUAUUUGCUGUGAAUUGAUAACCUAGUCUGAUACUGUCUCUGUAAGUUUACAAUGUGCAGUGUGAUAAUUCCCUUUAUAAUGUGGGUUUAUCCUCGAGUUUACAGUCUGAGUAUUCCUACACACGAUAUUAUCUAGACACCUAAUCUAUUAAAUGAGCACUGUAGCUUGCUGAAGGGUUUUAUGUGUCUGGAGUCUGUUAUUUUCAUGACUUUUUUAUAAAAGUGACAAUUUUAAUAGAAAUCAGCAUUUUUAUAGUUGGGGGCAGAAACACCUCCCUGGCUGUCACUCGGACGGCCAACACUGGCCACUCUGACACUAACUUUACUGCAGCUCUUUUAGAUGAAUUAGAAGUUGCUUUUGCGUGCUGACGUCUACAGCAGUUUCUGGUUGGUAAAGGUCUGCAGCUUUUUCAAGCUGUUUUUCAUAUCUCCCAGAGAAAAAAUGCUGAACAAAAAAAUCAAUACACGUUUUAAAAUGUUUGCAUAAGUUUGUCUUCAUUAGCAUUACUAAAACUGACCAACAGAUAACUGUGCCUUGGGGGGCUCAAUGUCCCAUGCAAAUAACUGCCUGAUAAGUUUUUUAUUUUCACAUGCAUUUAACUGAUUGUCCUCUGGUUUAAUACGAUAAGUAUUUUCAUAUUUAUUUAAACUGUAGAAAUCCCAUGACCUUCACUAUCUGUAAUUGUUUCUUUGCAUCUAUGGAAUUCCAAGCAUUAUCUGAUGGGGAUUGGUAAUACUUUUUUCUUUUCUACAGGAUGUUUUGGAGAAAUUGAAAGAUUUACACCCCAUUCCUGGUCUGAUCCUGGAGUGGAAGCGAAUCACCAAUGCUCUGACCAAGGUGGUGUUCCCGUUACAGAGAGAGAAGCGUUUCAGUGUCUGUCUGGGAAUGGAACGAAUCCAUCCUGUGUCUCAGACACACACAGCCACAGGUAACUCAUAGCCUGAAUGUCCUAAACCGUCCUAGAGUAUCCAAACCAAGGGAUCCACUCCAAAUCUGUCAAUCACUGCACGGACCAAGUCUGCCCCAACUGUCUGCAUCCACUCCAAAUCUGUCAAUCACUGCACGGACCAAGCCUGCCCCAACUCUCACAAGGCCUUAGAAGGAGUGAAAUGCACACUCAUGUUUGUAGCAUGUCUUGAAUUAUUUUACAAAACUCUGUUUUUACAUUAAUGGGACGCUCAUUAUUAUGUGUGAAGAGUUAGCCUGUAUAUAUUUUGUAUCUUUUUUUUUUUUUUUUUUUUUACACAAAACUACAAAGUUUCAAUAGAAAUUAGCACUUUUAUAAAUGAAGCUUGUAAUACUCCCCUGGCUUUCAAUCAGACACUCGGUCCUGUUAUUUCCUGGUUUGGUUAGAUCAGUGGAGAUAAAAUCAAGAAGCAGCCAUUGCACAGAGCAUCUCUGCUUCUCAUUGAGCUGCAUUGGGAAGUCUGUGACUAGACAGCCACAGAAAGUCUGGCCAGGGUUAGAAGGUGAGGUUCACAAAGGCUGCAGACAUAAGAUCUGCAGGCUUUGCAAGUGUUUUUCAAUAUUUUUUAUAUAUACCCCCAAUGAAAAAAUGCAUAAUUAAAUAAUGUUUUUGUUUCAUUGAUUUUUGAGCAGUGGAGUAUCCCUUUAAUCAUAGCACUUAAAUCCAUUGUAAGGACUAAAUUGAGAUAAAUAAUUCAUACAUAGAAGCAGGGCUCUUGAGGAGGCAUAAAGCCAAGGGUUUCAGCCCAAGGGUAAAUUGUAUCCCCCCUCCCACGUAUAUUAACUGGCUCUCCCCCCCUCACACCAAAACUAGCCAUUUACCUUGAGAUCAGCCACAAACUCGAACAUGUAAUGUAAUUUGCACUGUGACACCACGUUUUGAAUGAAUUUAGAGUAUUCUAUAAACCUAUAAUCUCCACACCUACUCUAUUAACCCCAAGCCAUGACAUGUUAUCUAACCCUGCACCCCACUGUAUGAAACCCUGCACCCACAGCAUUACCCCUAAACUGUGCUGUAUAUUAACUUCAAAUAGAGUGCAUUAAAGUGUCACUAUCACCAGUUACAUAAUUGGUGGUGUCAUUUCUUUCUCUGAAGACUCUGGGAUAACCGUGAAAUUGAGCCAAAAUUAGACCCGGGUUUUUUUAGAACCCCACUAACAAAACCACUGUAUGGGAAACAUAUACAAAAUAAAUAUAGUUUGCAGUAGUUAUGGUGUAGUGAGCGAUGAAGAGUUUUUCUGUGACCUGGGUUACACUGACCAUUUGUAGCACAUAUGUAUUAUGUAAUAUUGAGUUGGAAGGAGACUGGGUAUCCCUGUUCACACAGUUAGAAAGUAUAAUUGUUCACUAAGUCAGGUUACUCUCCAUCUUCCUCAGUUUGUGCCACCCUUGUUGACACUACUGAAUAUAGUGUAAUGUUUUCAUUGAUAGCCAUUUGCUCGUCCAGGGGAUAACAGUCUACUCUUUAUUUCCUUUUUAGGUCGUGUCAGCUUUACAGAGCCUAAUAUCCAAAAUGUGCCCAAAGACUUUGAAAUUGAAAUGCCACGUCUUGUUGGAGAAAGUCCACCAUCUCAGGACAAGGGAGCGCAUGCUCCUUCACGAAACAGGUCUAAGGGGCAAUGGGGCUUUAAUUGUAAUUAAUAGGACACAUGCAGGAAAUCCUUUAUUAUCCUUUAUCUCUUCACUGUCCCCCGUUUUUUGUUUCGAUGUGCUUCACUGGUCGUGAAUCUUCACAAACUGCUCCUAAUAAGGAAGCAUUCCUCUUCCUAUUACACUCCAGGAAUCAGAAACUCUGCCUCGAUCAAACAGCUGACCCAGGACCUUUACCAGUAAAUCUCCAGACAGCCAGAGGCUCUUGAUAAAUUCUUACCCUCUAAUGAAUUCACAAUAUAAAUUUAGCUACCAGCCAGAGCUAAUGUCUUCUCCACUUGGCCCUUGUAAACCCUAAAUAUUUCAGGAAAUUGUCAAUCUUUCCUUAACCAAAAUGCUGACCUUUCCCACCACUAUCCAUGAAUUUUCAGUAAAGCCACUUGUACUCCAUCGCUUUGGUGACCUGUCCCUUGUAGCAGAGAAGGAGGAUUAAUUUUCUGUCCGAUACUGUUUCAUUUGCUGUUAGUUUAACACCAAUUUUAUGGCCCUUAGACUGGGUCUAGAAUUACUCGAGUUGCCAGAAAUCUGUGGCUCAAUUCUUAAAUAUAUCACUGUGCAAUAUUGUGGAUAAAGGGAUAUAUCCGAGGCUGUUUUUUUUUUAUUUAUUUUUUUAAACAUAAACUAAAUUUCAUGUAGAAAGGUCCUGGGACACAUCAAAGAUGUCUCAGAUUGUUUUGAUCUGUCUGUUACAAGUGCUAUAGCUUGUUACUGUUGUUAAACAGCAAUUAACCAACUUUUUCUGUGUCCUUGCAAUCUCGUGUGGCAUGUCCAUGCUCGUUAAUGUGAUGUGUUAAGCAGAUCUGCUGCAAGACUCCUGUCCCAUCAGAACUCCAUUUGCCUACUGACUCUUCACCCUUGCUUCUGUGACUUCUAAAUUCAUGUUUUAGACUGCCAAGGGGACUUGUGCUUCAGGUUAAAUGAAAACAAACAUCCUUUACACAAACACAAACAAAAUAAUUCCUGGACUUGUGCACAAAUAUGUGUCCUCUAGUACGAAUGAAUCAAAUGCCUUUUAAUCUACAUCCGAACAAAUCCACAAUCUGGGAUUUACCUGCUGAGUCUUAUUGAUUGAAUAAGGUAAAAUGGGUUAAACCUGGAUGGAUCGAUUAGUUCAAACAUAGAUUAAAAGGAAUUUGAUUUGUUCGUACCAUCUGAAAUGCAUUUGUGCACACUUCUAGUAAUUACUUUUACACAGAUUUCAAGAUUCUUAGGAGCAGAGUUCUAAAAGUGGAGAAAUCAUUUUGGAAACGAGUGGAAUAUUUCUAAAUAGUGAUCCACUUAUUUUAAUGUUAUUCUGCUUUCAUAAAUCUCCUCCACCUAUCAUCUGACCUUAAGUUUAGUUUACUUUGCACAGAACUAUGGUAGUAAGUCUGGCUGAAUAAUUGUGGGUUAGAGACCUGGUGAAUAUGACCACCAUCACUAUGUGGGCUAGAGACCAGGUGAAUAUGACCACCAUCACUAUGUGGGUUAGAGACCAGGUUAAUAUGACCACCGUCACUCUGUGGGUUAGAGACCAGGUGAAUAUGACCACCGUCAUUGUGUGGGCUAGAGACCAGGUGAAUAUGAUCACCAUCACUAUGUGGGUUAGAGACCAGGUGAAUAUUGAUCACCGUCACUAUGUGGGUUAGAGACCAGGUGAAUAUGACCACCGUCACUAUGUGGGUUAGAGACCAGGUGAAUAUUAAUCACCGUCACUAUGUGGGUUAGAAACCAGGUGAAUAUGACCACCAUCACUAUGUGGGUUAGAGACCAGCUGAAUAUGACCACCGUCACUAUGUGGGUUAGAGACCAGGUGAAUAUUAAUCACCGUCACUAUGUGGGUUAGAGACCAGGUGAAUAUGACCACCAUCAUUGUGUGGGUUAGAGACUAGGUGAAUAUGACCACCAUCACUAUGAGGGUUAGAGACCAGGUGAAUAUGACCACCGUCACUAUGUGGGUUAGAGACCAGGUGAAUAUUGAUCACCGUCACUAUGUGGGUUAGAGACCAGGUGAAUAUGACCACCGUCACUAUGUGGGUUAGAGACCAGGUGAAUAUGACCACCGUCACUAUGUGGGUUAGAGACCAGGUGAAUAUUGAUCACCGUCACUAUGUGGGUUAGAGACCAGGUGAAUAUUGAUCACCGUCACUAUGUGGGUUAGAGACCAGGUGAAUAUGACCACCAUCACUAUGUGGGUUAGAGACCAGGUGAAUAUGACCACCGUCACUAUGAGGGUUAGAGACCAGGUGAAUAUAACCACCGUCACUAUGUGGGUUAGACACCUGGUGAAUAUAAUGGCCAUCAAUGCAGUGCCUGGUGCUAAAUAUUUUAUAUAUUAAUGCUUGUAAGUCAAAUUUCAAGAAGAUGUUUAUCUGCAGUAAUGCUAAAUGACACUACUCUGUGUUUCUGCAUUGUGUGUUUACAGGGGUAGGAAGAAUACCUUCAUUUCUCUGAGGUCGAAGUUGCCCGUAGAAGAAAUACCUGCUGAGAAGGGAGUGCCAUUCUUCGUCAGUAUGCGUCAUGCCUUUGUGCCAUUCCCAGGUAACCUGGUGUAAAAAUUGCAUUAAAACUCUACCUAACAUCUAGCCCGAUAUUGCUCUUUACAUACAUACAGGGAGUGCAGAAUUAUUAGGCAAAUGAGUAUUUUGACCACAUCAUCCUCUUUAUGCAUGUUGUCUUACUCCAAGCUGUAUAGGCUCGAAAGCCUACUACCAAUUAAGCAUAUUAGGUGAUGUGCAUCUCUGUAAUGAGAAGGGGUGUGGUCUAAUGACAUCAACACCCUAUAUCAGGUGUGCAUAAUUAUUAGGCAACUUCCUUUCCUUUGGCAAAAUGGGUCAAAAGAAGGACUUGACAGGCUCAGAAAAGUCAAAAAUAGUGAGAUAUCUUGCAGAGGGAUGCAGCACUCUUAAAAUUGCAAAGCUUCUGAAGCGUGAUCAUCGAACAAUCAAGCGUUUCAUUCAAAAUAGUCAACAGGGUCGCAAGAAGCGUGUGGAAAAACCAAGGCGCAAAAUAACUGCCCAUGAACUGAGAAAAGUCAAGCGUGCAGCUGCCACGAUGCCACUUGCCACCAGUUUGGCCAUAUUUCAGAGCUGCAACAUCACUGGAGUGCCCAAAAGCACAAGGUGUGCAAUACUCAGAGACAUGGCCAAGGUAAGAAAGGCUGAAAGACGACCACCACUGAACAAGACACACAAGCUGAAACGUCAAGACUGGGCCAAGAAAUAUCUCAAGACUGAUUUUUCUAAGGUUUUAUGGACUGAUGAAAUGAGAGUGAGUCUUGAUGGGCCAGAUGGAUGGGCCCGUGGCUGGAUUGGUAAAGGGCAGAGAGCUCCAGUCCGACUCAGACGCCAGCAAGGUGGAGGUUGAGUACUGGUUUGGGCUGGUAUCAUCAAAGAUGAGCUUGUGGGGCCUUUUCGGGUUGAGGAUGGAGUCAAGCUCAACUCCCAGUCCUACUGCCAGUUCCUGGAAGACACCUUCUUCAUGCAGUGGUACAGGAAGAAGUCUGCAUCCUUCAAGAAAAACAUGAUUUUCAUGCAGGACAAUGCUCCAUCACAUGCGUCUAAGUACUCCACAGCGUGGCUGGCAAGAAAGGGUAUAAAAGAAGAAAAUCUAAUGACAUGGCCUCCUUGUUCACCUGAUCUGAACCCCAUUGAGAACCUGUGGUCCAUCAUCAAAUGUGAGAUUUACAAGGAGGGAAAACAGUACACCUCUCUGAACAGUGUCUGGGAGGCUGUGGUUGCUGCUGCACGCAAUGUUGAUGGUGAACAGAUCAAAACACUGACAGAAUCCAUGGAUGGCAGGCUUUUGAGUGUCCUUGCAAAGAAAGGUGGCUAUAUUGGUCACUGAUUUGUUUUUGUUUUGUUUUUGAAUGUCAGAAAUGUAUAUUUGUGAAUGUUGAGAUGUUAUAUUGGUUUCACUGGUAAUAAUAAAUAAUUGAAAUGGGUAUAUAUUUGUUUUUUGUUAAGUUGCCUAAUAAUUAUGCACAGUAAUAGUCACCUGCACACACAGAUAUCCCCCUAACAUAGCUAUAACUAAAAACAAACUAAAAACUACUUCCAAAAAUAUUCAGCUUUGAUAUUAAUGAGUUUUUUGGGUUCAUUGAGAACAUGGUUGUUGUUCAAUAAUAAAAUUAAUCCUCAAAAAUACAACUUGCCUAAUAAUUCUGCACUCCCUGUAGUUACGUAGUUCUAUAGGCGAUCUUACUAAGUGGAGAAAGGGGGGUCCUUCGAUAUGCGGUAACGGCACCCUCUAAGGUCUGAGUUCAAGGGGUUGAAGAUUCCUGGUACAGCAGACCUGCCACACAUUGUGGACAUAAAGCCUGGCUGUCUUUACAAGACUACAUGUUGUAGAGAGGUGAGAUGACUUGAAGGCGGCCUGCCUGUGGCAUCGGAAGAAACACUGAUUUCUCGAUAGCAGAGAAUUAACCCCAUUAUAGGUUACCAGCCUGUUCCGAGUGCAGGGGUAUUUGCCCUCUUAUAAUAUUGCGUCCAGUACCGAGUGACAUGAAAGCUAUUUUGUUACAUAUGUUAGUCAGGCACGGAUCAUUAAAUUUAAAUCUAAUUAGCCUCUAUCCGGUCUAGAAGGCAUAAUUAGUCUAUAAGCUUAAUUUGUGCACACUACACAGGCAUGGAUGUUAAGCUGACCAUAUAGAAUCUAUUUUCCUCACUCUCCAUGUCUAGACAAGCUUCUUAGUCUCCAGAAUCUAGUGAGGCACAGCCUUUUAGAUUUUUACCUUAACAAGUUACCAUAAAAUGAGGUCUAUCUCGGUGGUAUGCAUUUUGUGAUAUGCACGUUUUUUGUUUAGUUAUUACAGUGUUGUAUGACUGUAUUGAAAUGUAUAUGCCUCAAUAACAAAAAGAGAUUAACAAAAAAAAAACAGUUUGAACUGAUUUCCAAUUUUGCUACAAACUAGGAAAAAAUCCUUCUUAAUCCCAGAAUAGCAACCAGAUCUCUCUUUAGCUCAAGAAACUUUUUGACCGUUUUUGAAAGAAUUCUUCAAGUUGCUGUUUCAAAAAAAAAUCUGUAAAACCACCUUUUUAGGCAGAGAAUUCAACUUCUUAUUGUUCUUACUGUAAAAAAUCAAUUUCCUUUGCUUUAGACUAAAUCUCCUUUUUUCCAGUCUAAACACAUGACCUAUAGUCUUGUUUAUGAAUAGAUUUCCAGACAAUGGUCUAUUUUGGCCCCGAAUAUAUGUGUAUAAUGUUAAAUAUGUUUAAACAGAUAUAAAUUUCUAAGCCAUUCUCCAUUGUAAUUUUGUAGCCCACCUCUGCACAUUUUCUAGUGCCAUAAUAUCAUUCUUUAGGACAGGUGCUAAAUUGCACAGCAUAUUAAAGGUGUGAUCUUAACAGUGAUUUAAAGAGGCCAAAUUAAGGUGGUUUGACCAGUAUGAUAGCCGUGUUGACCUAGAAAUGUUUAUUUUCUCUCUGUUUUAUAUUUUGUUUUUGUUUAGGAGGGCUUAUCUUGGCUGCAGAUUAUUCCCAGCUGGAACUGCGAAUCCUCGCUCAUUUAUCCAGAGACAGACGGCUCACCCAUGUCCUGAACAGCGGAGAAGAUGUAUUUAAGAGUAUUGCGGCAGAGUGGAAAAUGAUUGAUCCUGAAGCCGUAACAGACAGAGUGCGUCAGCAAGCGAAGCAGGUCAGCCCUCAUACCAAUGACUGAGUUACUUACAAAAUACAGAAUCUGAGCUUUGUUGAAGGAAUAUUAAAUUAGUGGGUUCUUCCCUAUCUGACUAUAAAUCUGAGCUUUUUUGCACAUUUUUGGUGUCCCUUUUCCCUACUCUUUGUAGUAACCUGCUGAUACCUGAUCCGAUCGCACACAAACACCCUGUUUCAUUGCUGCAGUAAAAAGGCUGAACCAGAGCUACUAAAAGAAACCUUCAGGUGUGAUUAGGAAAGGGCUUAGUACAAUAAAGCCUUCAUGCAUGAUUGGGCAAUGCAUUCUACAAGAAUGAUGGAAGAGGGAAGAGUCGUCGUACAGAGAACCUCCGGCCAUGAUUAGGAAAGACACUCUACACAAUAGCUUCAGGUGUCAUUGUACAUAGGAAAGGGUCAUUGUACAUAAAACCUUCAGGCGUGAUUAAGAAAGACAUUCUACCCAAAAUCUUCAGGAGUGAUUAGGAAGGAAUCAUUGUAAAAGGCACCUUCAGGCGUAAUUAGGAAGGCCUCAUUGUAAAAGGCACCUUCAGGCGUGAUUAGGAAAGCCUCAUUGUAAAAGGCACCUUCAGGCGUGAUUAGGAAAGACAUUCUACCCAAAAUCUUCAGGUGUGAUUAGGAAGGCAUCAUUGUAAAAGGCACCUUCAGGUGUGAUUAGGAAGGCCUCAUUGUAAAAGGCACCUUCAGGCGUGAUAAGGAAAGACAUUCUACCCAAAAUCUUCAGGUGUGAUUAGGAAGGCAUCAUUGUAAAAGGCACCUUCAGGUGUGAUUAGGAAGGCCUCAUUGUAAAAGGCACCUUCAGGCGUGAUAAGGAAAGACAUUCUACCCAAAAUCUUCAGGUGUGAUUAGGAAGGCAUCAUUGUAAAAGGCACCUUCAGGUGUGAUUAGGAAGGCCUCAUUGUAAAAGGCACCUUCAGGCGUGAUAAGGAAAGACAUUCUACCCAAAAUCUUCAGGUGUGAUUAGGAAGGCAUCAUUGUAAAAGGCACCUUCAGGCGUGAUUAGGAAAGACAUUCUACAUAAAUCUUUCAGGUGUGAUCAGGUAAAAGACAUAAGGACGUCCGUGCUGUUAUCGGCAGAUAAACAGUGGUGGCACGUUGGGCAGCUUGUGGGUAGUUGCUUUUGUUUGUGUUUUUUUGUUUUUCUGCCACCGAUACGAUAGAUGCCGUUAGUGGCGAUGUGUUGAUUGGAGCUCUGCAUGGGGAGAGAGAAAGCAAUUCUAACCCCGGUUCUAAUCCUCGCUCCAUGACUGCAGCUGCCAGUAAAGAUAGCUUGUUUUAUUUCUCAGAUCUAGACAUUGGCGUGUGUUAAUCCAGGUAUUAUUUUGUACAGAGAGAUGGUAAAUGUUACUUUUUCUGGAUCCUUGCAGAGCCCAGCUUGUUUCCAAUGUGUGCAAGCACUGCGCAUCCCGCUGUGCCGGAGCCCCUGGUAUUAAAGGCAGGUGGUGAGGCACUGAUAGGCAGUUUGCCCAAUUUAAUGCUAUAUGCCAAGCAAUUUGUUUAUAAGAGAGAGCAUUAUGCUUCUUCUGUUUGAUGCUAAUCACUAAAAUGUGCGUUGACUGCUGUACUGGCUCCCAGCGAUUAGCCAUGUGCGACUGUAAUGCUUAGUGACACCACUCUCCGUUAGAACGUUUCCUGGAGGGCACAGAGCAGUCCAUUGUGGGAGCUGCCCUCGGCAUCCUUACUAGUAAGCAAACAUGACUUGUCCACAUGUCCGUGUUGUGUGGCGCAGUCACAUGACACCCUGUUGGCGACUGUGCACUCUGUAAGGGUUAAUUAUGCAUUCACACUGACAGUGAAAAUGCCCACUGGUUUCUUGAAUACACAUUUCAUUUCAUUCCUUCAGUGCCAGGGGCAUCCAUCACAGUGUCUCAGUCCUGCCGGCCUGUAGUGUCUCAUUUCAUAAAAGGGAUUCCAAUAAUACCCCGCUUUAUUUUUAUAUCUGCUGUUUUUUUUAACCCAUUCUCUGCUUAUAAAACAUUUUAAAGUGCAAGCUCUUGUGAUCAGAAAUGGUAAGUGAGGAUUAGCUUACAUUGCUUUGGAACUAGAGUUGGCAAGAGGUAGUUUUUUUUUCUGGUAUAAUUAUCAUAUAAGUAAUAGUGAUAUGCAAAAUGACAGUCAUCCUGGUUAAAUACCAGUUUUUUGUUUUAUUUAUUUCUGCCAGGCCAGUAAUAAUCAUUUAGAAGUAUUAACAGUACAGUCAGUUUCUUUUUCCUAGAAUAUCUGAGCAGCUGAUCGGACUCCAGAUGGGUGAAAUGAAAUAAUAAAUGAUGCAUUUUGGGUGGAUAUUCUAGGGCUGUCUGUAUACUUUAAUAACGGUUAUAAUGUUUCGCUGACUAAUGAAUCCGUUUCAGAAAUAUUAAUGUGGAAUAUAAAGCUCAUUAGAAAACCAUUUCAGUGGAAAAUUUAAACAAAGCAGUAAUUUGUAUAAAUGUGCAGAAUACGUGGGAUUUAUUCUGCUCAGGUGGAAUAAACGCGAUCAGCCUAGAAUUCCUUCGCGCCAUUCCACGUGCUGACCCAGAGGAAUGUUAGCACACCUGGGGUCCGUGGCUUCCAAGGAAACAUACUUAAUAAUAUGUCCGAUUAUACAGCAACUGUAUCGUCUUCUUUUUCAAUUCCAAACCCUUACUUUCGUUAUAUUUGUCAGGAUAUUUAUCAUUGUGAAAUCUAAACUAUUCUUGUAACGUUGUUAUUUCUUUCUUCAGAUAUUCAGUAAAAACAUAUUUGCCUCUCCUCCUUCCCAACGCUUUAGGCUUUACCCAGGCAGUACAUGAAGCAGUGAUUCUCGGGACCCAUCAAACCUUUUAAUCAAUCGGCAAUUCUGGGGAACAAUAUAAACAGUGAAGCAUUUUGUAAGAACAGUCCAUUGGUUGCCAUGGUGCUUACAUUGCUUGUAGAACCUUAUCCCAGAACCGCUGUGUUGUCCUGCAGCUAAAGAUGAAUUGCAGAGAAGGGGUAUAUUAACGGAUCUGGGGUUCUGUUACUAUGAGCUUUAUAUUGUCAGGUUUAACCUCCGCAUUCUCCAUUGUCUGUCUCUCUCCAAACUGCCUGUAUUUUCUAAAGUUGUUCCCUGUCUGAUAGAUCUGCUAUGGAAUUGUCUAUGGGAUGGGAUCGAAAUCGCUGGGAGAGCAGAUGGGCAUCGAGAAUGAAGAUGCUGCUUCUUAUAUUGAGUCCUUUAAAGCAAGAUACACAGGUAGGUGUUAUAGGAGCACCACCUGUCACUCUGGCCGUCAAAUCUUUCUCUCUGCAAAUCAUUAAUUGUAUGUGUGCUAAAACUGUGCUAAAUUGUCAUUCUGGUUUUCUAUGUCUCUUGGGGCUUGAGCAUUUGAUAUAUAAUUGGAGUAUAGCAAUGACUCACCUUGAGAUAAUUCAGUGAUUUAAUACUGUAUAUAUAAUGUAUGGUUCUAGGACAUAUUUAAAAUACAGUUCCCUAAAUGAAGAUCGGGUAAAAGUAACCAUGGAGGCAAAUGCCCAUUUGAUAGAGAGGGCAACUGUAACAUUAAUAAUAUAGAUAGUUCAGCUCUUGAUUUUAUGUGUCACUGUGCAUCCAGGAAGGUAGUGAUGGUUAAAAUGACAGAUAAUUGUAACGUGCUCUGCACUUUAUCUACAUUGUGCGACAUUGUGCGCUCCAUCACCUGUGGCUUCUUCACACUUUCACUUCACAGUAACGGAAUGGGGUUCAACACAUCGUGUUAGUAUGUAAUUAUCUAGUAAUUGCAUUUAAAAUGUUCCAAGUAGAAAACACAAACCAUCCCACGUAACGCUGCAAUUAGCAGCAGUUCUGGUAACCCAGCAUAUUGAACGUAUGAUGCUCAAUCUGGGCGUUUUCUGCAGUCAGACACUCGAUAUAUAUAUAAGACAUCUUAAUUCAUGGUGACUCGUGACACCACACGCAAUGUAGGUUUCGCUGGCUUUGCAGUUACCGGAGGAAGGUUAGUAGCCGGAGUACUGGUGAUAAUAGAUGACGUGUGAUAAUAACUCGUUCUGUUCCAAAUAGACAAUGAUACCUGGGGGUCUCUAAAAUGAUUCAAAAUGGACAAUUUAAGGUAUAAUGCACCGUUCUUGUAUUGUUGUUGUGUUAUUGAUUUUACUAUACCAUAUUGUUCCUUGAUGUUCUUUUUAAUUACUUUAAUUAAUUAACAUGGAAUAAUUAGUAUACAUUUGAUGUUACUUUAAUAGAAUACCAGCUAAGAGGAGGAGUUUGUUCUGCUUACAAAUGUUUGGGGACAGUAACUAUUUUAAAAGAGUUUUUGGCGAUUUAGCACGUUUUAUUUUUCAAUUGUGAAAAAGUGUCCGACGUUUCUGUUAAUUGAUAAAUCUUCCUCAACGUGAUCACUUCAUGUAGUUGGCAUUUCUGUGAAUUUACAGUUGUUUAUAUUUGUUUAAGAACACUUAUCUGGUGACUGAUAGACAGACGGCACUUCAUCCUUAAGACUUUCAGAAAUGAAAGUCUUCAUGUUGUCAAUUCUAACGCCCAGAAUGGCAUGCAGAACGCAUCCAGUGCUUCUCAUACAGAAGCAUUGAAUUCAUUGUUUCUGUAUAAGAAGCAUCAUAUUGGCAGGGCACGGUGAUUGGACCAAGAUCAUUAAAUCAGACUAAAUCAGAAUAAAAAUAUACAGAAACCUUAUUGGACACAGAGUCUAUACGGUGGACCCUAGAUAGUCCUGGCUGCGAAUGCUGAGCCUUUUUCAGAUUUGUCAGAUUAAUGGUGGAUUGCUGGCCAUAUGUAGUGAGUGCAAUUCACAUGCCAGCCGCUUGCAGUUAGUACUGGCCAGAUUUGCCCGUAUUUGCCAGAGCCCAGAGGGCUGUAUAUUAAUCAUGGUCCAUUCUAACGGAAAAUCGAAAGCGUACAAGGCAUGGCUCCUAUAUGAAAAAUGGAGAAACAGUCUGCACACAUUGGGAAAUAAAACACAAAAUUAUUCUAGUUCCAGCCUCAUCAGGACCAUUUACAAAUCUUAUAAAAUGCUAACGAGCUAGGUGGUGUUUCCCCACUUCCACAAAUCCCACUUGCACUUUGUCAUUAGCUGAAAUUCUCGUGUUUGGAGUAAAAUGUUUUAUAAAUUGGAAAUCCAUUUCAAUUAAAUAAUGCUCGGAAGAAAAAGUUCUGUAAAUGACCGUUUGAUUCACAUUAUUUAUCAUUCUGUAAGACAAAUAGGACUUGUGUAAUUUAAUUUGUAUUCUGUAUUAUUUCAAUUACCAACCUUCUCCGUUUUUGCAAGAACCUUAGAUAACCUGUUUCUCUCAUUCAGUAGCUGAUUUAAACUGUUUGUUCCCAACUUCUCGAUGUCUGAGGUCAGCACAUGCCGGGCUAUUGUCACAUUGAUUGCCCACCAGUUUCUUUGUAUCGUCACCACACUCUAUCCAUGAACUCCUUUAGCAUAUCUUCCCAAAUGAUAAAAUCUCUGUUUAUUGCAUCGGUUUCCUUGUUCCUUUCACUUUGACUCAAAGUAUUCUCUUGACUCCUUAUCUUUGAAGCCAUUGAAAUGUCUGUUGCAAUGUCCUUUGCAUUAAUUGUCUGUGUGUGCUAGGUAUCCAGAAAUUCCUGAAGGACACAGUAAAGAACUGCACUCACAAUGGCUUCGUACAGACCAUCCUCGGCCGGCGACGAUACCUUCCUGCCAUCAAGGACUCAAACCCCCAUGCUAGAGCCCAUGUGAGUAAGCUGGUGUCAGUGUUUUAUUGUUAGACCUGGUUUGUUGUCUUUAUUUCUAUAAUAUUUUUUCUUAUACUAUUUAGCAAAUUGUACAUAUUUACAGACUGUGAUCCCCUUCCAUUAUACCCAUUACAGACUGUGAUCCCCUUCCAUUAUACCCAUUACAGACUGUGAUCCUAUUCCAUUAUACCCAUUACAGACUGUGAUCCCCUUCCAUUAUGCCCAUUACAGACACUGAUCCCCUUCCAUUAUACCCAUUACAGACUGUGAUCCCCUUCCAUUAUACCCAUUACAGACUGUGAUCCUAUUCCAUUAUACCCAUUACAGACUGUGAUCCCCUCCAUUAUGCCCAUUACAGACUGUGAUCCUAUUCCAUUAUACCCAUUACAGACUCUGAUCCCCUUCCAUUAUACCCAUUACAGACUCUGAUCCCCUUCCAUUAUACCCAUUACAUACUGUGAUCCUAUUCCAUUAUGCCCAUUACAGACACUGAUCCCCUUCCAUUAUUCCCAUUGCAGACUGUGAUCCCCUUCCAUUAUACCCAUUACAGACUGUGAUCCCCUUCCAUUAUACCCAUUACAGACUGUGAUCCCCUUCCAUUAUACCCAUUACAGACUCUGAUCCCCUUCCAUUAUACCCAUUACAGACUGUGAUCCCAUUCCAUUAUACCCAUUACAGACUGUGAUCCCCUUCCAUUAUACCCUUUACAGACUGUGAUCCCCUUCCAUUAUGCCCAUUACAGACUGUGAUCCCCUUCCAUUAUUCCCAUUGCAGACUGUGAUCCCCUUCCAUUAUACCCAUUACAUACUGUGAUCCCAUUCCAUUAUACCCAUUACAGACUGUGAUCCCCUUCCAUUAUACCCUUUACAGACUGUGAUCCCCUUCCAUUAUACCCAUUACAUACUGUGAUCCCCUUCCAUUAUACCCAUUACAGACUGUGAUCCCCUUCCAUUAUUCCCAUUACAUACUGUGAUCCUAUUCCAUUGUUCCCAUUACAUACUGUGAUCCCCUUCCAUUAUACCCAUUACAGACUGUGAUCCCCUUCCAUUAUACCCAUUACAGACUGUGAUCCCCUUCCAUUAUUCCCAUUACAGACUGUGAUCCCCUUCCAUUAUACCCAUUACAGACUGUGAUCCCCUUCCAUUAUACCCAUUACAGAAUGUGACCCCCUUCCAUUAUACCCAUUACAGACUGUGAUCCCCUUCCAUUAUACCCAUAAUAACUUUGUGAAUUAUAAUGAAUGGGUAAUUAUACCCAUUACAUACUGUGAUCCUAUUCCAUUAUACCCAUUAUAGACUGUGAUCCCAUUCCAUUAUUCCCAUUACAGACUGUGAUCCCCUUCCAUUAUACCCAUUACAGACUGUGAUCCCCUUCCAUUAUUCCCAUUACAGACUGUGAUCCCCUUCCAUUAUACCCAUUACAGACUGUGAUCCCCUUCCAUUAUACCCAUUACAUACUGUGAUCAUAUUCCAUUAUACCCAUUACAGACUGUGAUCCCCUUCCCUUAUGCCCAUUACAGACUGUGAUCCCCUUCCAUUAUGCCCAUUACAGACUGUGAUCCCCUUCCAUUAUACCCAUUACAUACUGUGAUCAUAUUCCAUUAUACCCAUUACAGACUGUGAUCCCCUUCCCAUUAUGCCCAUUACAGACUGUGAUCCCCUUCCAUUAUGCCCAUUACAGACUGUGAUCCCCUUCCAUUAUACCCAUUACAUACUGUGAUCCCAUUCCAUUAUACCCAUUACAGACUGUGAUCCCCUUCCAUUAUACCCAUUACAUACUGUGAUCCUAUUCCAUUAUACCCAUUACAGACAUUACAGACACUGAUCCCCUUCCAUUAUACCCAUUACAUACUGUGAUCCCCUUCCAUUAUACCCAUUACAGACUGUGAUCCUAUUCCAUUAUACCCAUUACAGACUGUGAUCCCCUUCCAUUAUACCCAUUACAGACUGUGAUCCCCUUCCAUUAUACCCAUUACAGACUGUGAUCCUAUUCCAUUAUACCCAUUACAGACUGUGAUCCUAUUCCAUUAUACCCAUUACAGACUGUGAUCCCAUUCCAUUAUUCCCAUUACAGACUGUGAUCCCCUUCCAUUAUUCCCAUUACAGACUGACCCACUUGUUGCUCCUCCUUAGAUCUCAUUAUCUGUUUAAUAGAAUGUAAUGUGACGAUGUAUUCUCUGUAGGCAGAACGUCAGGCUGUAAAUACAACUGUACAGGGGUCUGCUGCUGAUAUUGUAAAAACUGCAACCAUCAAUAUCCAGAAACGCCUGGAGGAAGCCUUCCCAUCAGCACCGAAAUCUCACGGUCACCGGGAGCAUGCUAGUAAGACAGGUACGUGGUAACACGUCAAAUAAAAGUUGUGAUAGAGGACUGAUGGGCUCCAUAUCCAAUGCUGAUCAUGAACUGGUGAUUCCUCUCUAGUCUGCUAUUUAUAUAUGAAUCAGAAACCUGAUUAUACCUUGCAUUCCGUGUCUGUGUGUGUGUAUAUGAUUUUCAGUAUAUCGGUAUUUUUACAAGUUUAACAGUUUAGCGGAGGGGGAGAAUAUCAGCAUUCCAUGUAGGUUCCCGCUACUGUAUAAGACAUGCCAGACCAUGCCCAUCCAUUGGCCAUGUAACCUAUUAAUAUUUAUUAUUUAGAAUGCUAAUUGGAUCGUAAUAAUUAAAAAGGGAGUGGUAAAAAGAAUUUUGUCAGUCUCACACCCCGUAGACGAUGGUUGGAAAAACCAGGGGCAUUAUGUGAAAUUAUAAGCAUCUCGCCCCUCUGUACACAGGAAAGUGGGGGGAAUGUAAGGGAUUAGCAAGGUUGUAGUUGCUUUACAGGAAUUUUUCAAACAACCUUUCCUUUUAGAUUAGUGUAACAAAUUGAUUUUUUUUUUUUAAAUCCCAUUGAUAUGAAGAUUUUGGGAUGAGUGCUAAUGCCUUUUCAACAAUAAAUCCUGAGACUACUAUUCCUAAUGCACCAAAACAAAUUUAGCCUAAACAAACCGUUUUGGUGUGUAGAUCAUUCCCCUGCAGUUUCACUGCUCCGUUCUCUAUUUAGUAGUUAAAUUGGAUGGCUUAAUUUUUAAUCAGAUGUUACAGCAUAGUGUGUUUACUUUAAAGCUCAAUUACAGAGUAGGAAAAAAAAUAUUAAAUUCUCACACAGGAGGCUCCUGUAGGGUCAUAGCGAGCUAUUAAGGAGAUAAGAAAUGUUAAACAUAAUGUACAAUACAGGAAGUAUAAACAUUAGAUGUCUAUUUACUGGAAUUGUUUAGGAAGGCUGUGUAAGUCACACACCUAGAGGUGUGACUAGGGCUGUAUAAAUAAAGUGAUUUAGCUCCUAAAUAGCAGGGGUGAUCUAUACACCAAUACUGCUUCAUUAAGCUAAAGUUAUAUUGGUGCUUGUAGUCCCUUUAAGAGUCUUUCACAGUAUUGGAAAGUGGAUCUCUGCGGGUUAUUCACAAGUUUGACUUAUUGUAUUUAUCAAAAUUGGACCUUUACCAGUUCUCAGCAGGAACAGAGUCUGCUGGCAGGAGAACCCAAUUAACCCUCUAAAUGCGGGAUGUCUCACAUACAUGGUGUGUCUGAAAAAGCCACUCGCUACCUGCGAAGCAAAUUGGCUUUAUGUACACACACAAAAAUAUUCUGCUUUAAGGCCAUCUCUAACUGCAAGCUACAUUAUUAUUUCUCGAUUAUUUCUUGAUUUCAUAUUGAGAAUAAUUUGAUAUGACAAAAUGAGCAUCAAUGAGUAAAAAAAACCUGUGGGCCUCAAUGUGCGGGAAUUGCAGUAGUAAAGGAAGGAAACUUAUGCAGAAUGGUUACUGUGUUUUCUCAACUUACAUCUGAUAUAAGAUAUUAUCCCCGCCAGUCACUGUCUGCGCUGAUACUGAAUAUACUCUAUUGCCUACUAGCUAUUCUAUUGUCAUUUUAGCCUGUUUCACAACUCUGAUACAAACUGUAUGUGUUGUUUUAGACUGGAAAAAGCAACAAACUAUUUCUCUCACAUAUAUCCACCUUUUUACAUAUUGCAGGAAGGCAGAAAAAUCUUUUCCAGCCAACCCACGGUGCCUUCUUUAUCCUGCAACUUCAUGAUGAGCUUAUUUAUGAAGCUGCAGAAGAUGAUGCAAUACAGGUAAGUGCAUGGAGUGCAGGCGAGUAACAGAGCAGAGGAUAAGAAAUUCUAAAUUAAACACACUGUGCAAUAAAGGAGGAUUGUGAGCAGGGAGAGGAAGGCAAGCAGAGUAAGAAACAGGGAGGUUUGGAUAGGGCUGUCUGUAUUCUAUUUACUGAGUAAUAACUAUUAGCGGAUGUAUGCUAUGCAUGGAUUAAAUGACAAUCCAUAUUCAUUACCUGUUCCUUGUUGUUUCACUCUGGGAAUUAAGACCCAAAUGUUUGGUAAAUAUGAAAGACGGCUAGAAUUUCUGUAUUGAGCGGUUAGAAAUCCGGUCGGUGCUCCUUUAGCAGUCCUUAUGUAGCUCACGUGCAGAGACUCAUUUUGGCUGCAGCUUACAUCGUCCAUUGUAAUUAAAAUAUUGCUUUUUUUUUUUCUUUCUUAUUCUUAUUUUCAAGGUAAAUAGGACCGAAAGAGACAUGAAUAAAGAUCUAAGAAGCGGUUAAACGUGCAGCGCUUGAUCCAAGCUAACACUGUUAUUUCUUCCACCGCAGGUAGCGCAGAUUAUAAAGAAUGAGAUGGAAAAUGCCAUCAAAUUAUCCGUUAAACUGAAAGCAAAAGUGAAAAUUGGCCCCAGCUGGGGGGACUUGCAGGAUUUCGACCUGUAGAACGAAGGAUCCACCCUUCAUGGAAAUGAAUUUCUGUUUGUUACACAAACCUGCUGCUUGAUAAUCCCACAUCGGGAACCGACUGAAACCCAACAUGAUGGCACAUCCCGAUGUUUUAUGUCAUUUUAUGGACUCAGGAAAAUAAUUGUAUGAAAUCUGCUUUUCUAUUCUGUCCUAAUGAAUUUUUACCGGUAAAUCCUUUAUAUAUGACCUUUAACAAAUGUAAAUAUUCAAU